GUCCUGGGCGGAGUCACCGGGAUUCACUUCCUUGUUGCAGGAAGCUAACAGCUCUGCACGAUGAAAAUACUCACUUUAUUGAGCUUUUUGGCCGCAUACUCGUUAGUUAACAGCAACAGAAUCGCGGUGAGUGUGUUUUUAACAUGUACAGUUGUAAAUGUAUUGUUAAUUUGUAUUUUUAAGGUUUAAUUUGACCUGAAAUGACGCUGCCGUAUUAGCCUCUGUGCUGUCUCUGUAGCUGUUUAGAUGCUUCUGUGAGCUGAACAGAGAUUUAUGUUCAUGUACAUUUUAUGUUUCUCCACACUUUUUUACAGAAUCAAGCUGCUCAGUUUUUCAGCAGUGGUCACACCAACAACUGGGCUGUUCUGGUGAGUAUUUCUCCAGGAGGAGCUGAGUUCAUGUUAACCUGAUUUGAGGAAUGAAUGAAUGAUGAGCAGCUUUACCUGCUCUCUCCUCAUUUUCUCUGAAACUCAGGUGUGCACGUCCAGAUUCUGGUUCAACUACCGUCAUGUGGCCAAUACUCUGUCAGUCUAUAGAAGUGUGAAGAGGCUGGGAAUCCCUGACAGGUGACUUUUAUAAACCUUUUCAUGCCUGAUAACCUGUCAUCUCUGGAGUUUUGCAGCAGAAAAUCAAUGUUAAUAUUAAGGUGAUGAUGCUGAAAAGUAGAUGAAAGACAAAAGAAGGAUGCUGUAAAUAUUAUUAACAUCAUUUGUGUGAUAUAGUUAUAUUUUAGAUGACAAAUAUAAGCGUUUAAUUUAAUCAUAACAGCAAACAUGAGUCUCCUAGCUCUCUGUGUUUCUACUACAUGACUUCUUCAUUUCUCCUUUUGAGGUUGUAUUGUAAUCCUCAAUUAAUCUAAUUCCACAGUUUAUCAAUCAAUCAACUUUAUCUCUAUAGCACAUUUAAAAGAACCACGCGGGUAGCCAAAGUGCUGUACAUUGUGACAUAAAAACAAACAAAAAAACAAGCAAAGAACAAGACAGAGCGAGCAAAAAUACAUCAAUGCAAAAAAUAAAUAAAUAAGCAGGCUAACGGCAAGUGUUAAGAUAAAAACAAACAAAAUAACACUAAAAUGUAUUUAAAGUCAAGGAAUAAAAGUUCGUUUAUGAUCAUUGAACACUUUUUCAUUUAUCACAGAGUCAUUAAAUUGUGGUAUUAUCACAUAUUCUGCAACAUAUUGGAUUUCCUAUUGUGAGUUACCUCGUAUUUCCUCUUCUAUUUUAAAGCAGAUAUAGGCGUUUUUUUCAAUAUCACACAGAAACCGCUCAUAUUUUCCCCAGCACCUGUUCUGUAAUUGUGUUUUCUGUCUGUUCCUACUUGACUGCAGUUUUAACAUCAUAGUUGAAUUAAAGCGUUUUUGAUCGUCGGCCUAAAACAAUCUGGAGUCCUGAGGAGUUAAAAGUGGCGUAAUGAUGAUGCAGAAACACGACUCUUGACUCUUAUCAUGCUUGUCAGCUCUGUGACAUACAUUUGUGCUACCAGGAACUUAUUUAAGGUGUUUUUUUGUUUGUUUAUGGGCUUUCGUGGCCUUUGUUGACAGAUGGAUAGAGCAGGAAGCAGGGGAGUGGGUGGGAGGUGACAUGCAGGAAACCUGUACCACUGAGUGGAAUCAAACCUGAGUACUCAGGCUGUGUGUGGACUGCAGAUUUAAGUUUUCCUGAGUCUUUUAACUGGGCUGUAAGGAAUUUCUAGUUAAGACAAAUUCUGCAGUUUGAGCCAGUUUAGCCCUACACCUAUGCUUGUCUUCAUCUUUAACAAACAGACUUAUUUUCUUUAACUGUAGAGGGCAUCUGCCUUCAAACUGUGGCUGUUUUUGUUAGUUUAUACAGCUGCCUGUUUUAUGCCAUGAUAGGAUGACAAUUGUAUUGAUUAUGUUCUGUGAAAAACGCUGAAGUCUCGCUCUGUUUCUCUCUCUUUGUGCUGGUCUGUGUUUCUCAGGUGGGUUCGGCCCUUAAUCAUGAGGUUUUGCUUGAAUGACGGUUAUUAAUUAUCACGCUCUGUGUGUUUAAGUCUAUUUGAACAUUUGUCUGACAAAGCGAGUCCCUGCGCCUGAUUCAAUUCAUUAACAAUCAAUGGCUUUUGUCAUCUUGUCUUUUUUCCAGCCACAUAGUUCUUAUGCUGGCGGAUGACAUGGCUUGUAACCAUAGAAACCCCAAACCUGCUACAGUGUUCAGCCACAAGAACAUGGAGCUGAAUGUGUACGGUGAUGAUGUGGAGGUGGACUACCGGGGAUAUGAGGUUGGUUCACACUGCAGUCCAGUCGGGCAGUUCCACUUCAUCUUGUUCAAAUGUAGUUUAUUUCACGACUUUAAAUCUGUUUGAAUUGAAAGAAAAACCUCAUGAUCAGUGCUCUUUCCUAAGUAAUUACAGUCUUUUUCUGAGUUAAACCUUGAGGACAUGAAGGUUGAUUAUUUCCUAAAGAUUAAAUGAGUAAAAAAAAAUCAGAGGAUCAUUCAAGAGUGCCUUCGUUAUGAAACUGUUGAUCCUUAGUGGCAAAUCCACUUUAACCCUGAUUGGUAUUUGAUUAUUAACUCUGCUUAUUCAGCUGAUACAUGAUCUGCUCUGUUAGUGUUUGCUGCAAAGCUGAAAUGCAAGAAAACCUCAGAGAGAAAGACAAUGAUCUCUGUCUUUAAUUUUCAAUUUAAUUUUACUCUCUAGUUAACCCCAGAUGAAAAAUUAAGAUUAGGCAUCGUGUGUUCUUCUUGCUGAAAGUUUUAUCUUGUACAAUCAUGUUAAUAAUCAGCCCCUAUCUCUUUAAUCUAAUGUGCAUUGUCUUCACUUCUCCUGAUCUAUCCUUUCUGUUUCCUGUCGGUGUUUCAGGUGACAGUGGAGAACUUCCUGCGUGUUUUAACGGGGAGACUCCCACCCAGUACUCCACGCUCCAAACGCCUCCUCUCUGAUGACCGGAGCAACAUCCUCAUUUACCUGACGGGUAGUUGAAACUCUAAGUAUUCAGUCUGUAUGUGUUGUUCAGAGCUUUAUUGUACUCUUUCUUAUAUUAGGGAUUAAAAACAUCUUCAAACAUCAAACAAACAACUUCUGAUGUUUGAAAAGUUAGAAACGUCGCUUAUUUUCCUAAUUUUCAUCGUUUCGUUUUCGUACUUUAUUGCAGCCACAGGCCCCUAGUUAAUGCAGAGUCAAUUUUUCCCUCCCUCACUCUGUACGCUGCUGCCAGCCUCCUUCUUUCUCUUAUUAUUUUGCAUUAUAUAUCACACUUUGCAUUAUGAAUCACAGACGGCUGAAUUAUUGAUCGGAUGUGUUUAUUUGACAGGACACGGUGGGAACGGCUUUCUGAAGUUCCAGGACUCGGAGGAGAUCAGUAAUGUGGAGCUGGCUGAUGCUUUUGAGCAGAUGUGGCAGAAAAGAAGGUAAAUUACACAGAGAUUAGCAUGAAAACAAGAUGCAUAAAGGAGGCCUUGGGAGGUUCAAACAGACACUGUUUAUUCACUUGGUCCUUCAGGGUUACUUUCCUGCACAGCACGUCAACAAACAUUAAACAGCAGAGUCCACAAUGAGGAUAAGAGCGCCUUCUAUAGGUGCUGCUGCUGUUGUUGUUGGGGAGACGAGGUCGUCUUUUAGUCGUGUAAUGCAGAGUUGUAAGGAAUGUAAAUAUGUGCUGCUAAUGGCUCAGACAUCAGAAAGCUCUCUGCUCACACCCCACUCAGGGUGCAGGUGCAUCAUUUAUGACUCAGCUGUGUCAGUGUGUUGAUGGCUGAAGUUUUUAACAGAACUUUGCAUAAGUUGAAGGUUUUAAUUCGGUGCCCGGUGGCCAUUAGCUGCAGUAUUUACCGGCGGUGAUAAUUGAAUAUUGCUGUAAGCAGAAUCAAACAACAGCGCUCAUGUAAUGUGAGCACUUAAAGCUGCGUUGAAUCCUGAAUGCUCAACGUUUAAGGCGACUGGCAACUAAAACUAAAAGCUGCGUCUUAGUUCAAAGCAAGGCGACAUCUUUUCAAAGUUCUGACUGACUUUCUUCUACAUUUUUCAUGCUGAUGCAGCCGUUAGAUGAGGCAGCGAGUCCACCCAAGCGCAUGUCAGCAACACUUCUUGAAUAAGUCAAAGGCUCAACAAACUUGCAACUCAAACUGCAAACAAAAGUGAUGCUUAUAAAUGCACCCACUGGUCUUCUAUGGCUCACUCAUGAAACAGGCAGUAUGUCUAGAAACUUCAGCUUUACCCUCGUAUGUAGCUGAUACAUCCAGAUGCUCCACACAGCUGGUGAGAGUUAAAGAGUGAUGUGAUCAUUUUCUGUGGGGGUUAUUUGUCUCUAAGAGCUGCUUGAGAGAAGAAGUGUGUAACUUUUUACACCCUGAAAGUUACAAACUCUUUUUUCCCCUAUGAUUUGUGGACAAAGGCAGUGUUAGAUAUACUGUAUUUAUGCUUUCAUUUCAGGCUCAUGAAAUAAAACCUCCUCUGUUCCCUUUUUGCCUCUUUAAACCUGAUAUAUUUUCAGCUUUCUGCACUGCAGCUUUAUGAGCCACGUAAACAGCAAACUAUUGCUUCUCCUCAGGGGAAAUAUUCAGCAUUAGAGGUGGACCAUGUGGGAAAACUUUUCGGCUCUAUUAUUCCUUCACCUUCCUUCUGAACGGUCUUUUAUAUUUGCCUUUUCUGCACCAUUUUAUUAUUUCUAUCUGGUAUUUUGUCCUUGUUUGUGUCUUCCGGAGGCCAUAGAUGUGCUUGCAGUUAACCAGAUGUUUGCAAAUGCAUGAUGGCUGCACACGUCAUGAAAAAUGAACAUGAUACAGACCGAGAGGCAGAGAGGAUGUGACGGUCAACACAGCAGCAGUGACGACAACGGCAAAAAGUCUCUACAACAGACAUGACAGUUGAGACAACUUAAUAAGUUCAGCUUUAGUAGUCGAUGCAGGAACCUGCAAAACCCGAUGGAAAUAACUCAGAGACUGUGACGUCUGAGCGCAGAGGGAAAUGCUGGAAAAAAACGAUCAGCUGGUGCUCAGAUCGCUCUUGUCUCUCUGGUCUUCAGUUGCCUGAGGUUGCUCAAUUUGUCAAUCACCAGGCUGACAAAACCCAGAAUCAAUGCAACAGUAACCCCCGUGAUCUUCCUCAUUUCUCUGAGGUUAUAAUUUCCUCAGAUGGUUGUGUCUUUACAGCCUCGGCUCUCUGGGGGUUUCCUGCAGUGAGAUUCAAAGUAUGUUAUCAAGCAUACUUACAAUUACGCUCAUGACACACAAAUGCAAGACUACACUGCAAGUAUAUUACGUUAUAUUCUCACAUCAUGAUAAAUACAGUCAUUUGAAAGUAUGCCGGCUUGAGCAGCUCGUGUGUUUCUGCUCUAUUUUGUUCCCGCAGAGUUUGUCAUUGUCCAAACUAAGAUAACCAGUGAAAUAAACCGAAGCUCUAAUGAAUAAAUCAGUUCCCUUUUCAGCUGCUGCAUUGUUAAAUUUGUGAAUUGCGAGACACUCAGAGACCCAAAGUGUCUCUCGGCCACCAGCCCCUCUAUUGUCGUCCAAACCGAGACCGUCUGGGCUCCAGUCAGUCACGGCGGGCCGCUGUAAUAAUAGCUCUGAUGCUGAUGUGAUAAUUGUACGCUUGAUGUGCCAAAUCACAGUCGCCAUAGAGACUUGACCGUCUUCCUCCGUCCUCCCCAAACCACCUCGGACCCAGACGGCUGAAAAUAAGAGUCUCAUCACGUCGGGCUAAACCGGGGGAGAGGAGUUAAAGUGGAAUUUGUCUUUUAAUGGAGGGAGAAAGAGAGGAGGGCGCUGUGUGUGCGGGGGUGUGUGAGAGAGGGACUGAAUGGAGCUGUUGGUUUUCCUUGGUCACCAUGGCAACUGCAGUAUGAAAGAUGGUUUGGGGGUUUGUGUGAUAGCAGGUUUUAUUGGAGCAAAUGGAUGAGUGAUAUGCCAGCUCUGUCUCCUCCAUUUUUAUUUGAGAUCAUAUACGAUGAUAUACCUGUGUGUGUUUGUGUAUGUGUGUAUAUUUAUUUGUGUGUUUGUGUGUGUGUGUCUCCAGGUACAACGAGCUGCUCUUCAUCAUCGAUACCUGUCAGGGAGCCUCCAUGUACGAGAGGUUCUACUCUCCAAACCUCAUGGCCUUGGCCAGCAGUCAAGUUGGAGAGGACUCUCUGUCAGUGAGUGUUUAGAGUGAUGUCUUUGUGUUUCCUGGAGAAGAAAAUAUGAUGGUUUGUGAAACAAUUAAUUAUUUCUAUGUUGUAAAAUUUAAUUCUGGUGCAGCAGGUAGACGUUAGGUAAGACAGCACACUUCAGACAAGUAGACAAAGUCGUUAGUAGUUAGUUACUUCAAACAAAGUAGGAUAAAAUUUCCUGUCAAAAACAUCCUUGACUAUUUACAAGACAAAUCUGCAGGGAUGACAUUAAGGAUGACUACUUUGUCCACAGGGGGCGCCAAACUUAACACAAGAUAAAAGUUCCCUAACUUGAUGCUUUAAAAAUCACAGAUCAGUGAUCAAAUAGAAACUGCUGACUCUCUAAAGUUUUUCUGAUAUUUCUCCAAACUCCAAUAAAAGUUUGUGUCCCCUAUAAAGAGGCUUCGGUCCUCAUCACCUUGUGGGAUGUCAUGUCCUGUUUCCUGUCCUAUACGGUACAGACAAAAACAGACAAAAUUAAAACCUUGAAUACUUGUCUGUAUUUGACUUCAAGGGCAGAAUCCUCAUCCUAAAGUUCUCAUGUGAAAUUAUAAUAAUUAGCAUCUGGUCUACUUACCGAAGGUUGGAGGUACGAAACAUCUGCACUCUGUCAUGAAUCCAUACAAAGAAAAAAGAGAAGGACUUUUAUGAUCUUUAAAAGCAAACAAAACCAUCAGCAACAAGGUCUACAAUUCCCCUGUAGUAAUUUUUGAGGCCUGUAACUGCUGGAAGGGGGAAGGAGUCAGACCAGAUGAUUGAUAGCAGGUUUUUUAACUUUUCUCAAUCACAUUGUCCACAGGGGGCGCCAAAACAGACACAAACUAAAAGUUCCUCACUACAGCUUUAAAUAUGUGCUUUUGUUUGACUUAAAUCUCAUUUGAAAAGUUUUUUAAAUCUAAUAAAAAACUAACAAAAUUCAUAUUGAGACAAGAUUUAUGGAUUUUAAAUCAUUAUUUUAAAUGUGGAGAAAUGUUUUGUCCACAGGGGGCGCCAAAACAGACACAAACUGAAGGUUCCUCAUGGGAGCUUUAAAAUGUUACGGUGAGGGUUUGAAUAGUUUUUUUUUAAUCUAAUGAAGUAAACUAAAACUAUAUUGAGUAACGUCAUACACAACCACCGGGAGAAACUGUCUUAAAAACGAAGCCUUGCAUUUGUCGUUGUUGUGAGGUUAGGAUAAAUGAAGCUUUGCAGAAUUCACUGAGAGGGAGGAUUUGAGGUUUCCUUCAGCUGCUUACCUCAUCACCUAAAAAUCUUCUUCACCUUUAUGCUCUUAGUUUAAUCUCUGAAAACACAAGAAGCGCUGUUACCCAAUUUAUAUCUUCAAAGUGUGAGAAAUUAUAACCAGGGUGUAGUUUAAGCUGAUUACACUCACUAAUUACAGAAGCUCUGCUCUGAAAACAAGUGCAGUGUUUUAGAAUAUUAUUUCCUGUGAGCUCGAGCGUGUUUUCCAUUAAUCAAUUUGUCGGUGAGUCACAGUUGUUCCCAUGAUAAGACUGUGGUUAUAUUUUCUAAAUUACACCAUAAUUACUCUAUGAUUGUGCAAAAAAUACAGUUUUGUAGUCGUACGUUCAGAGGGUAGGGAUUGUUUCUGAGGGCAGACAGAGGGCUGCUGUUUUUUUUUUUUUUUUUUAAUUCAUUUACAACAAAAAGAUAAUUUUGUCGUCUUUCUAAAAAAAGGAAGCUGAACUAAUCGAACUAAGAAUAGAAGAAAAAUACAAAGCAGAGAAACUGCUCAUGUGUUUGUUUGCUCCUGGUUUAUUUCAGCACCAGCCUGAUCUGGCCAUAGGAGUCCACUUGAUGGAUCGGUACACCUUCUACCUGCUGGAGUUUCUGGAGGACAUCCACCCUGCAAGCAAAGCCAACAUGAACGACCUGGUGAGGAUCUCAUUCAACAUCAUGUGCGGUGCAUCCCUACAAGGGGUGUCCCGGUACAACUUUUGCACUAAGUUAGUAGCUGAGUACACACUGUUAUUGUGAUCACAUGGGCUCUUCAUGCUGGAUCUGGGCGCUGCCUGAUAGAAGUGCUGGAGUGGAGUCUGGAAUGGACCGCUUGUAUCAGAGUGCUGAUAUUGGAGAUUUUAGAUGCAGGCCAUUAUAAUCUGAUAUUUGUUUUUUUGCUGAUAUCGGACUGAUAUCAAUAUCAGAUUGGGACAUCCCUAAUCUCUACUACAGAGUGAUAACUAAUUUUUAAACUAAUGCUUAAUUACUGAGUCUCUAAUGUCUGGUAACAAUAGGAGAGGUUCACCGGUCGUCAAGAUUCACAACUUUAGAUACUUUUACAUUCCUACUUUAAAACCAAAAGCAUUUAAAGCUCCUUUGGGGAGUUUUUAACUGGCUGCAAAAUAGAUUUAUAUAAAGAUCGAGGCCUCUUUAUGCUCUGCAAACAAAAAAAGCACUGACAGAGAAAAAACUUUGCUGUUGUUGUCAAUGUAUGAAACUGUUGUAGUUCAGGAAGGCGUCAGACUGUGAUUUAAACUACACUGCAGAAAUCUGCUCACAGGUAACGAAUCCAUGCACGGGUUCAAAAAACCUGCUAACAGUGUGGCUGGAUUGACACAUGGCUAUUUUUAAAUUCAUUACCCAGCAUGUGGAUUUCAUCUAAGAGCCUGUGGUUUAAUUGCUUUUGGACUCUGACUGGAUUCCAGGUAAUUUUCUCUUUACAUUCGUUUGUGUAUGAAACUCUCUUGGCCUGUAAGAGCCCACUAACCCUCACAUUACCCAUCAUGCAUGUGCUGUUAUUUAAUGAUAAGGCUGCUUUUUUAAAGCUCCUGUGAGGAGUUUUAACUGGCUACAAAACAGCCUAAAAUCAAUGCUGAAAUCUCUUAAUGGCUCGGUUACAAGAUGGACAAUUUCUGCAAUGCAAAUAUCCACAGUAAGUGACAGAUUUGACAGUAAAAACACAGCAGAGUGAGAUUGUUUUUCCAGAAAAUACAAACUUGGCACGUAAAGAAGGAGAUCAGCAAAGAGUUGAGAUGUAAAUUUAAGUCCACAUGUCAAAAGUCCUUAAGUGACAAUUCAGUCAGCAGUUUUCUCUCUUCUGCUGCUGCAGGUGUGUUCCUUUUCCACCAAAAGAUAGGUUCAAACUUGCUGCACUUGCACAUCAGAAUUUCUAAUCCCACAUGAGUGAAGCAGGAGGAGCUUUUUGAACUGCCUGCUGCUGCCAUGUUUUUUUGGAGUAUUAGGGCUUCGUUCAGGCUGGUUUUUAGGUGUAAUCAGAGUGAGUCCUCAAAAUCGGACCCUAAAUCAGCUGCUCUGAAACUAGAAACUCAGAGUUUCCUAUCAGGAGGUAAAUCAACUCAGAGUUUAGGGUUGGACUUCGAGCUUGUUGAACCUCCUUUCUGAAACUGACCCCAGUAAGAAGUUCGGGUUCUGACUGAUUAAAUGACUAAGAGUUAGCCGAAAUGUCAAACACUGCAGGACCCAGCAGAGCAUUUAAGGUCUUACAUCACCACUGUGAGUACUUAAAACUAAUUGAUUUGAUUGGUCGUUGGAUUGAUAGACAUAUCUUACAGUUGUAAAUGACUCUAACUUGUUGAGGAGUGAAAAUUACUUUUGAAAGAUAAUUCUGCGGCUCACAAAUGUGGCGGAGUGACUCAGUUCCUCUGAAAGCAUCAGGGGUUUAGUCCCUUUAGUAGUCACAGUGUCUGUCCUCCUCCUCCUCUUCUUCUGCUUCCUGCUUUUCAAGUUUCUGCUCCUAAAGCAUCCAGAUAAAAGUCACUCAGACUCACAGGACUCUGGACAUGAAGCAGAAUACCUGAUUCUGUUUUGAGGCUGCUGGCCUUUGACACACGGCCGUGGUGAUGGUGAGUUCAUGCUGCUCCGGGGCCCCCGGUUCGGUCUCAGCAGCACCUCCCUUUUUAUCUUUUCCACUCCUGCAGAGAUCUUCAGGCCUCAGGGAUCACCCCUCAUCUUCACUGCCCACCCGGCCUCUACAGGAGCUACAAUCAAAACCACCUCAAACCUGGACUCCAAGAAGAAUAAUAAGCUUAAGUCGGAGCGCAUUGAUUGAGCUCCGGCUGAGUGCCAAUUUUCCUUUUUCUGCAGAUGCACUCUUUGUUCUGGUGCUAUUUUGUGGAAUUAAGGAUCAAUAAUAUGGAUUUCCCUGACAAGCCCAGCAAGUUUCUCCUUUUUUUACCCUGUCUGAAAACGCUCCCCCUUUGAUUCGACAGAAUUGCCUCCGCCCUUCUACAAAAUCCUCCACCACUCGUGUGUUUUGAAGUCUGAUUUGGUUGAUGGAGAUAACGUGCCGCUCACUUUAAUGAUUUUAUUUUCUUUUCAAGCGGGGAGCGGAGUCGGACAGCACGCCGAUGAAUCACACAUUCAGAGAGAAUUAACCCACAAGUGGCAACACACCAGGCAUGGAAAGGCUUGUAAUUGAUAAUGACAUGCACAAAUGUCAGACUUCAUGCCUUUAAUCUUCUCCGCACACUGACACAUAUUUUAACACCUCCCACUGGAGCUGGAGCCAUGUUGGAUGCAGAUGGCGACUUGUUGCUGCUCGCUGUCACUGUCUGAGUAUUUAAAUCCCCCGUCUCCUGGCUUAAAGGACCCACACUGUGUGAUUUAUUCUCCCAGCUUAAGCUCCUCACAGCGCCAUGAGUAGAUUUAUUUUUAGUAUUAACAUAGUUUUGAUGUUUGUUUAUGUUUUUUUGACUGGCUCUUAAAGGAACAGUCCGUGUUUAUUUCUGUUAUUUGUGCUCUCUCUCUCUGUGCCUCUCUAGUUUAAAGUGUGCCCCAAGAGCCAGUGUGUGUCCACUCCAGGCCACCGUACUGACCUUUUCCUGAGGGACCCAGGGAGCGUCCUCAUCACAGAUUUCUUUGGGAGUGUUCGGAAAGUUGAGAUCACCAUGGAAACCAUCAACCUGACGGACUCCAUCAGGGAGGUGGAGCAGAGGUGAGCUGGGAUUUUUGUUUUUGUCAUGUUGUUUUUCACUCAUGUAGAUUUUUGGCUCAACAGUGCUGCUGAUAGACUCCGUUGUUACCCUCAGGUCUUGGUCUUGGUAUAAAUAUUAUAAUUACAAUGAUUAAGAAGAUUAAAAAACAUCCAGAGACUUCAAAGUUUGAACACAUGAAGUAAAUUAGCUUUUUCAUCAGAGACCAUCUGGAAUAAUCUUCCACUCUUACAAAGGCUGACUAAUUAGUUUUCAUGUUUUUCCUUAAGCUCAACACUUAACUGGUUAUUAGCACCGUUUUGAUCCUGAUGAAAUUGAUAAUAUGACUAAUUUUCAUUUUUACUCUUCACGAUGACUUAAGGGAUUUGCUCUUUGGUAAAAAUUUCCUCGACUGAUGAUGAUUUUUCUGUUGGGUUGAUUAUUAAAAAGUCGAGUUUUGAUUUAAAGAGAUGAACUUUUUGGUCGCAGAGUCUGGGAGAAAAGGCAGCAUAUAGAAACAGACAACUUUGUGAUGACCUGAUAGGAGCCCUCAUCUCAAUCCUUCAUAAGAAACCAGACUGAAGGACUGAUCCCAAUUAAAUCAGUUCAUGGAGAUAUUAUUAAGGAUAGUACAAGUUAUAACAUUUUAGAUUAAAAAAGUUGAGAUUCUCGUUAAUUCUGUCUCUGCAGUGAGUCACAAUGGAGCUGAUUCGGCCUAGUUGUGAUACCGACAGUGAGUCUCUCUCUUGUUUUAGCUGAAAGUGCUGCAGGCUUAAUUCAUUUAGUGUUUGCAUCUGAACUAACUAGACUUUAAUUUCUCUCUGGAACACCUCUCAUUAGUGGUAUUGAUUUCUCCACUAAUGACACGCUGAGUCACACGUUUCUGAGAGGGUGAACUGUGUGGGGUGGCUGCAGCUGUAAACUCAGAUUCAUGCUGAUUGUAAGUCUGAUGAACGGUGUGGUUGUUUUGACGCUCGUUUCGACUGUAUUUACUGGCGUUUGUAAUCACUAACAGCUCUCACUGUUUAGUUUCAUAAUUGGACGCAUUGUCAGUGUGCAGCCUCAGGCUCAGUUCAAUAACUCUGUUCAAGUGGACUCGAGUGAUAACAGUGUUGUAAUGGGUUGCCUUUGGCUCCACCGUGUGGUGAGCAGGUGAAUUUAAACACCUGUUUGUAUAAAAACCUGCUGUGAUUAACACAUUUGGACACUAGAUGGCUGUAGAGAGCCGUCAAACUCUUCACUGUCCUCUGAGCCUGGUGACAUAUUGUUCGCCCUCUCAUAUUAGCCAGAUUCUCUAAUCCUGUAAUAAUGAUAAACAGCAGAGUUUUGAGGAAACACACACAGCUUAAAUUGACUUUAUUUACUCAUGAUGCUGCGAUGGAGGAGCAGAUUAAGGCGCUCUGCAAACACAUGUGAUGUAAAUUAAAUUUUUCUCAUGAUUAUACUCCCUGCACUACUAUUAAUUUCAUUAAGCUGGGUUUUAAUUGAACCACAGGGAGGUAUUAAAGUCAAAGAAUCGAAUGCGGUUGGGUGCUAAUUAGUAAUUAGAGGCAAUUGCCACAGCAGUUUUAGUCAUCAGCUGUUUUGGCCUCGGGCGAGUGAGUCAUCGCACACAACUUCCCCGAUUACUUUAUUAUUGAUCAGGGCCGGCACAUCAGGUCUGCCGAACGCAACACAGAGAGGUUCCAGCAGUGCUGCCCUAAUUCAGUCCUAGAGAGGGACGUUUUAUCUGCAAAUCUGAUGUAAGAAUCCAGCAAUCUCUUCAUUCAUUUGAUGUCUAAUGGAGGAAAGUUUACUAACGCAGAAAAAGCCGCCGCUGGUGUCUUUCUGCUUCGAAGAAUGAUGGAGAAUAACACUGUGAAAGUUCAAAGAUAUUAGAGAGGCUAAUGACACUCGACGCCAAUUUGUAUCUCACAUCAGGCUGUGUCAUUAGCCGUCAGAGCUGGAGGAUAUUAAUAUUAAACAAAGAUGGGGUUAUAAAUAUUUCCUGGCCUUCUCAGAUACUCGGAGAUCGUUUGGCCACCAGCAGAUUAAAAAUGCAGUUUACAUUGAAUCCUGACUUCAUUAUGUUGAUUCAAAGUUGGGAACACAAGGACAGAUUAGUCAUGGUGGAGUUACUCACAAAAUAAAUGAGGGGGGAAAAAAGAGCCUGUUUGAUAAUCCUGCAGGGUGUUUCUCUCUCGUAUAUAUACCUUUACUUCUAUCACAUAAUUGAAUGUUGUUGCCAACAUGUCGGCCGGUAUCAGGUUAGAAAGCUUUUUUCUUCUUCACUUGAUGCACAAAAUCGAAUUUCUCCGCUGAGCUGAUGAAAUUCAGACGCACAAAAAACAAAUAAAUAAAAAUAUAAAAACAGCUCAAUGCAGAAAAAUAUAAGUGUCUCUGUGGAGCUUUAUUAUGAGAGAGAGCGGCAGAGACGCAGUAAUGCUGGCAGAAACAUCGCAAAUGACCUCUGGAGAGGACUGAAAUGACUAGAAGAGUGAGACGUAGAACGUUAUGUGGUCGAUACAAAAAGGUACAAUUGUGAAAGAAGACACAAUUACCUGGAGAGUGAAGACGUACAAACAUUGUAUUUUUACAGGAAUAAAGUUGAAAUAGAAUAUUUAUUAAUAGAAUAAAGUAGCAGAAGAAAUGCAAGAAUAGAGUUGUAGUUAAAUCAUGUAAUUAUGACGCAUUAAGUCGUAGUAAAAUCACAUUUUCAUGAGGAUAAAGUCGUAUUAAAACCAUUUUCUUCAGAUAAUAAAGUUGAUAACUUCUUUAUUUUUGCUCAGACAGCUGGUUGCUCACCAUAAACCAAAACUACGAUUUAAUCAAGACUUCACUUUCAUAAUAUGAUGACUUUAUUUUCAUGAAUUUAAGACUACUUCUUUAUUUUCUUGACAAUAUCACUUUAUUCUCUUAACGCUGAGACUCCAUUUUUUGAUGACUUUAUUCUUGUAAAAAUGACUUUAAAAAAAUCAUGAAAUGUCUUAAUGUGGCGUCUUAAGUAAUUGCUAAAUCACGUAUCACUGACUGUGUUCCCUUUCUCUGUGAAGUGGACGUUUCAGGGUAGGUUCCCCUCUGUGCUUUAUGUUCAGCUCUGUUGUCAUGGGGAUCUCCAGUACAUCAUGUGUUAGCUUGUUCUCAAACUCCAACAUAGACGGCCCCCUGACUCCUUCAGAACCACGCAGGGCUGCCAAAUGCAUGUAGAGGAGGUCAUUUUGAGUGUUUAACUGGUUUCAGACCUUUUUUUAGACCCCAGUUUAUCCAAGCUUCUGGGGGAAAAGACAUUUUCAGAGGUUCGAGUGGUCGUGGGAAGCUUGCAGAACUGAUGCAGUGAAAGUUUGACAGACUGCCUGAUUUUUGUUAUCUGUGGUCUGAUUAAUAUAUAAUGAAAAAUUCCUCAAAACAAAAGAGAUUACAACCCUGUUUUCAGAGACCUGAUAGCAUUAAUAUUCAAAGGUCAAAUCAGUCGUUUGUGCAAAACUCACAUUUUUGAAUUCAUUUAUUUAUUCAAUUUGAUUGAAAUUUAAGUGAAAAUGGAGAAAAGUCACUUUUAAAAAAAUGUGUAUAUAUUUUCAUAUUUUAUUGAUCUGUUUAUUAAAUUUAUGGGGGAAACCGGAGCGCCUGGAGGGAAAAGGGUUGGAGGUGAAGAUGAGAUAUGUGGGUGAAGUUAGUCUUAUGAGGAGGGUUCAGAAGGAUGGAGCUGAGGAGUUGUCUUUGGCGUCCUCAAGCCCAGAAAAUACCUCAUCCUCAUCCAAGGUCUCAUUGGAGUGGGGGUUAAUUAGGGAUAUUGAUUUCUUUACUAAGGGCUCCUCCCACAGGAUCAUCUGCUUCUCAGCCUCCUCCUGGACUUUGAUGGCUUCUAGUCUUUUUGUCCCCAGAGGUUUUCUGUGGUUGUCUCUUGUUUUGACAUUGUGAUCGAUUUGUUGAUUGAGUCUCAAAAAUAAUUCAAAAGGAUCAAAUCUGCUGAGCGUUCACAGAUACAUUUUUUCCUGAGACUUAAUUCGACAAAACAAAAUGACCAAAAUACACUGAAUUCACACAAUAAUGACAACACAAUUAGAUGAACAGUUCAGGGCUGCCAGCCUGUCUCUGAUUCAGAACAUACUGAGAACUGAGCGGCUGAAGAGUUCACCUAUGCCAAGGACAAGGUGAUCCUCCUGCACACUCAUUCAACAACCCUCCAAUCAGAGCCUCUUCAACUCGAAUCCUGUAGACCAAAUAUGACCCGUAAUCGUUCAGUAUGGCCGCUUCCCACCGUCAGUAUAUUUGGCGUUUAAAUCUCUCACUUCUUCCUCUUUCCUCGUUUAGCAUCUUUAUAAAAAGUUGUCUGUAUUUUCUCACAGCUGUUCUACAUUCUUACUUUUUCCUUUUCCCCGUUUCCUGUGCGUCUACUUCUCUGUAGCCACGUUUACAUGCAGACUUUUUUCUCAUUCGGAUUAUAAUCAUUCCGAUUGAAGCUCCCAGGCGAACUGUUUACAUGGAAGCGAUCUAUUCUGAUCUGGUGUUUACAUGUGCCACGGCAUUCAAUCGGAACAGCUAUUUACAGACACGUGAUACCUUCAAACAUCACGUGAUUGAUUGAUCACGUGAUCUCCGACGCAGACCAGUGCAUCGUGCUCUGCUUGGAAGCCGCCAUCAUGUUUCCAUGUGAGUCAUACGUCACUGCUUGUUUACAUCAGGACAGAGCUUGCGCAGACAGAACCCAGCCUGACAACUUUCCGAUUCACUGUUUACAUGACAGGAUUAUGCUUUUAAUCGGAAUGGGAAAAGGAAUAUUCUACCCCUGUGAAUCGGAAUGAAAUUCCAUUCGGAAUGGGCCUGUUUAUUCCGAAUGAGGUGUUUAUAUGGAGCAUUUUCAUUCCGAUUGGGCUUCUAUUCCGAUUAUAUUCGGAAUAUUUGGCUCCAUGUAAACGUAGCUAGUGAGUGAUGAUUACGACAGCUCACAGUGACAGGAAGAGGGCGGGGUCAAAGUUUGAGUGCGUCUCACAGAUAUCUUCAUCUUCUUCUGAUCAUUAACGGUAAAAUAUCGUCAUGUUUAUCAUAUAUUUACACAGCAGUGCCGUUCUGUGCUGUUCCUCCACCUGAAAUCUCAGUCCUUAUUCAGAAAACCUGACAGCUAACUUUCUAGCUUGAACGCCUCCUUUACUUCCGUGCUAACGCUGGUCACCUGAAUUAGCAUUAGCCUCGCUGACUCUUGUACCUGUGGUUCCUUACUGGGGCGUCUUUUUUUCUUCAUAUGCUUUGUCUGGAUUUUUUGGCUCUCUCAGCAGUUUUCGUAUUUUCAGAAAAUGUCGUAUUUGAAAGUUUAAUGGGGCGAGGAAAUUGCUUUUUCGGGAGGAGCUGUCGCUUCAGGCUGCUGUACAGGAGGACGGCAUCGCUGGAAUCUUUCUGAGUCACAUGAACUGAGUUGUAAGAUUUGAAGUGACCUAAUCUGGAUCACCUAGUUUUGCUUUUGAUUUAAUUUUUAUUGGUGGAUCAAUCUGGAUGUGGACAGGGACCAUGUUUGAUGGGAUGAGAUUCAUGCUUUUGAUUUACUCUUUACUCCAGUUUAAUCAGUUUUAAUGAAGGUAAAUUUCAUAAAACUUGUGUAAGAAACUAAAUAUUGAGUCGUCACAACAUUUUAAUUCACUCAAAGUUAAACUAAACAUAAAUAAUCAUUCAUCAUCAAAACUCUCUUCUUUUUCUGAACUUUUUGUAAGUAUAAGACACUUUAUCGACCAUCUUUAGGUUAAUUUAAUCACGUUUGUUAUAAGGGUGCAAAAUAAAGACAUGUAAAGGGAAUAUAAGAGCACACAUGUACGUAGGUUUGGGAGAAACCACUGAAUGAAUGUUUGAAAAUGAAGCCCAAAAAGCUUCAUUGCAAAACCACCUGAAUAUCAGGGCUUACACAUGAAAAAGUGCAGGAUUUGGUUGAACCAUUAAAAGAAGGCUCUGAUAAAACAGGCUGAUUAAAAAAGAAAUUUUAAUUCACCACCUUAGGCUCUGCUUCAUCUUUUUUCACAGCAAAUUAAUUGGAUGUUAAUCAUCUGAAAUUAGAGUAAAAGUUUCACGCAUGCUGGAUUAUCUGUAAAAUACAUUCACUGUGACGAUUUUUACAGUUCUGUCAAAAAGUGACACAAAUCAGGGUUUUUAAAAUUACACUAUAAACAUAAUCAGUGGAUUAUAUACUAUGAUCUUUACAGCACAGACUCAGCUGAGCUAAAUUCACUUUAAUCUUGAUCACUUUAUAUUUCUAUAGGGACAAAUACAAGGCAAACAUAGUACCGCUACACUGAUCAUAACAGUAUUUACAGCCUCGGCUUAGUUACAGUGGCUAUCUGUAAACAUAAAAAUUAACAACCGAUACACAAGAGACACCGGAAACAAACUAAACAGUAAAAAUGUAAAUAGAAAAACAGCAUGCAAUAAAUAAUAUCAUUGUUUAAGCAGUUUUUUUCUGUCUUCCUGUGUAACCUCAAUAUUCAUGUUUAUGUCUCUCCACAACAACAAAAAUCACCAUCAAUAAAGAUUACGACCUCACCUCAGCCCUUAUACAUGCUCAUAUGUUCAUAUCAAACUCAUAUAUCAACAUAAACACACUUUUUUUUAAUCAUCUUUUGCUCCUAGUCUGACUACGACAGUCUAUUUGUGUUAAAACAAACAUAAAACAAAACAAAUGCCGAUUGAUUCUCCUGUAAAUGAUGGAUGUGUUCCUCCUCGAAUGCAGAAGUUGCGGUCGCUGCAGUUUUUCUGAAGUCCAGGCUGCUGACAGGUUCGUUCUUACUUUACAGAAAAGUCUCGCUGCCGUUCAGGAUGAUGAUUAAUGAGAUGCAUAAUUAACUUGGCGUUGUUAAAGGCGUGUUGUUGUGCUCCUCCUCACGUCAGCUGCACUUUGCAGUCAUUCCAGGUUGCUGUUUUGCUGUCAGUUUCCGACUCGUCAAAGUGCUUUCAUUCAGCUGACAUAUUGAAGCUCAUUGUUGGCCUGCAUGAGCUGUCAUCCUGUGUCUAUAAUUAAUGCAUCACCUUAAAGGCUGCAUAUAUCAACAGGAGUCUUUGUAUCUGCUAAUGUAGAUGAUUAACUUUACAGCUUUUCCCUGCAGAUACCAACCUCAUCCCAUUCUGUCUGCAUAUCUCUGUAUGUUACAUGAUUUCACCAUGUUCCUGUUGGGCCACACUCCCAUUGUGCAGUCCUCACAAGAGCUUGCAAGGGCGUUGACCUUGACUUAGCACGGCUGGAGACAAUCGUGAUUUAUAUGCAGAUAGAGGUCUGCCACAACCUCGGUGUCGGUAAGAGGCAAACUGCACGGUUAUGCAGAUAGGACUAAAAUCUGAUGCUGUGAACGCAGACUUCUGUGGCAUUUUGGAGUAAUACCACAGGAUAGCGUGCUUGUGCCAUGUCUUUGUUGUUGUUUUUUCGUGCAUGUCUUCCAGCUCUGAGCUUGGGCAGUAAUAUGGCAGUAAAGUAUCCCAUGGUGUUUAAAGUUGGAGCGGUAUCAGUUUUGUUUCCAUCAAAAUAAUGACGGGGUGCAGCUGGCCAAUGCCUAGAGUGGUUGGCUUUGGACCUGUGGCUUCUUUCCUGCAUGUCACUCCUCACUCUCUCUCUCUCCUGGUUUCCUCAUCUGUAUCUGUCCACUGUCCUAUCCUCUCCACAUAAAGACAAAAUCAUAAAAGCUUUAAUGUCUAAUGUUCGUCCAGCUCCUGAUAGUACAGAGCUCAAUGGUUGAUGAUAUUAGUCUUGGUUUAUGGACAUCUCAUUGCCACUCGACAGCUGCCAGUUAGAGGAGGGAAAAAUGGAGCGCCCACACCGAGUGAGCCGGUCCUUAAAAAAGAUGCUGCCCAAGUGACAAGGGGGAGCUGGAAAAUUCUGACAAGACUGCACGCAGGGUUUGCAACGAGACAGUGACAGCGAGAGAUGGGAACACUUCAAAUUUAAGGGCUCAUCUCAGGAUCAUUCACCCUCUAACCUGUGAGGAUGCUGCAGAGCAGCCAGGUGCCAGGUCAAGGAAAAAAAGAGCUGUGCCUACAAGGUGGAGUCUGCUCUGGAUCAAUUUAAAAAUAUGGAAAUAUAGUUUGAAUGAGAAGGCAGGUGUGUGUGUUGGUGUGUGUCUGAAAAGCCAAGGGACAGAAGGAGCAUGAACAGAGAGAAGCUGGGGUGAUUACAAGCGCUGAGAGAGAAUAAUAACACCAAAAUGAAGCCAAAGCUUUAACAGUGAAGUGAAGACGUGAUGCACAAAUGACUUUUUAAAAUGUUAUACCAUCCAUUUAGACGGACAAACACGCUUCUGUAAACAAAACAGAUGAUUAUUCCUGUAAAUGGAUGAUUUCAGCUGCUCCUCCCAAGCCCCACAACAUGAUUUCGGAUCUCACUCAGCUCGAUCCAGUCCAGAACCAAGACUGACUCAGACAGAAAGCAGAUAAUAGCCCAAUCUUAGAUGUAAUAUAAAGGCUGCACUGAAAAUCACAUCUGAGCACAAAAUCCCCCAUCCAGAUGAUGGACACGGCGUCUUUACGAGCCCUCUGUCCGGCCUGCACAGGUAAAAUUGAAUAAAAGCAUUUCAUGAGUCCUGAAAAUGGGCUGCAGUGAGCGCCGUGUGUUCCCUAAAGAGAAAAAAAGAUCAGAGAUGUCCCCUGAAACAAGCUGUUAUUGAACACAGCGCUGCUUUAAUCCACUUUUGUCAGCUCGCUCGGCCAUCAGACAAGUGGAGGAGGAUAUUUUACAAAGAUAGGAACACGUGUGAGAGAGUGCGAAGCUCUCAGGCCUCUCUGGUUCUCCUCUAACCGUCUCUAAACAGCAGAAUUUUUACUCCGAACAGGCUCUUCCAUUAAGUGAAUUGCACUUGAUGGAGAGGACGUUUUAAUGGACUCCUCUUCAUUAUACAUAAGCUUUGCAGUGUGCUGAUGAUGUCUGCUUACUCACUUACACUCAGAGGUGCUUGUUGACCAAAAGAAGUCUCCCAGGAUCAUAAUUAGUAUUGAAUUACAACUGAAUCCGUAUCCCAAAUGUGAUUUUGACUUUCAGCAGCGGGUAUGGUCUAGAAUAAUGGCUCAGGUCAUCCUUGGAGGGGAAUUUGUUCGACCCAAAGAUGGCAGCUGCAGACAGCGGUGAUACAGAUCCGCAGGUAGGGAGGGGAGACCACGUCCAUUAGAAUCAGCAAAGUGGAUCGAAAAACCCUUUUCAAAAGUCUCUUCAUGGAAAAUAAAGUGGAAAGUGGUUUGAAUUGAAUUAGAGCUCAUCUCUUGUGCUAAGUGAAAAGGAGGAGGGUGGUGGUGGUGGUGGUGGUGGGGGGGAUCAGCGGUGCAUUCAGUGACAUGUUUCCAGCAGCAGAAAGAGCUCCGAGCACAGUCAGGACUCAGCAGGAGCUCGUCUCCCCGCCUGCCAACCCCAGACCCUUUUUUUUUUCUGUCUGUCAGAGCAACUUCUUCUCUUCUGUUAGAGCACAGUGAGAGGAGAGUGAGAGGAGAGAAUAAAAAGCAAUAAAGUCAGAAAGUAAAGAAAAAAAAAGGAGGAAGGGCACGAGAGCAAAAGCCAGAGAGCAGAAUGGAGAGGAGGAAAGAAAGAGAAGGUAGAGCAGGUGCUCUCCUACGGCGAGUGUUUGGAGGAGAGCCACGCUGGUCAGCAACUGUCUGACCUGAUCUCUCUUUGAUUAGAAGGAGACAGACCCUCAGGUGGACCUCCUCUCCACAGUGGCCUUUACCUGAGACGCUUCUUUCUGGGCUUUUCAUCAGACUGGGAUGCAGCAGAGAAGCAGAAAGACAUGCAAAGAAGCGUUUGAAAAGAGCAUACUGUAAUCCCGCCGUAUUGUUGGAUCCAAAAACUUUAUUAACAACGUCUGGCAGCUGUUUUAUCACUCUGAGAGUUUAAGUUUUAUUCUUUUACAGCAGAAUACAUUCAGUUUCUUUACAAACAUUUAUUAGACUCAGAAUCUUGGACUCAGGGAUUUUCCGAGAACUGUCAGGAAGAACUUUUUCAAGGACCCAUCAUCGUAAACAGUCUGGACUUCUUCCAGAGAAGCACUGAAGGGGAACCGAAUCUUCCUGAACUCCUCGGCUUUGUCCUUCACAGCUAAUUGGAUUUUUCCUCCGUGGAGGGACACCAUACAAGAUCAUUUUAGUCCAUACUGUAGUGAAGGGGUGAUUCAUAUAGGGAUGUCUUGAUAACAGUGUUUUCUUCUUAAUUAAAGAAUAUCGGCUGCUACCGAGUUUACCUCCUUCACUGAGGGGAUGAAAACACAAGGCUUUCAUCAACAUCACACUCUGUCAGCGUCACAGUGUUGAUGUUUGUUUAUGUCACACGAUUAUAGAUCUGUAAACCGACUCAUUUUUGGAGGCUGUCAGUUGGUACUGGUACCAGCUGGUGUUCUUGGACCAGAUAGGGUAGAUACUCUGCAACAGAAGAAUUUAAAGUGAAGCUUUUGUGUUAAGGUUUAGGUGUUUAUAAUGUUAUGACUGGUUGGCUUUUUCCAAGAUAAGGGCCGAUCCCAAACGAAUCCCUUAGACCUCGGUUUUAUGUGUUCACGUCAAGUAAGGAAGUGUCGCAAUUCUCUGUAAGAAUAUCAUUCUUCCUCUUCCUCUUCCUCUUUUCUUUUCUCUGCUCCUGAAGGAUUCGUCCUUUUUUGUGACAUUGUUUUGCCCACAACUACCUGCUCUUUGGAUGCUCAGUGCACAUUGCACAGCAGAAGGCACAUAACAAUAGCGGGGUUUUGACGUAUUGGCAGUAAGAAUCAUAGGCCUACAUCAACAGCACUAAAAUGUUUUUACUUUAUUUUAUUUUUACAAUAAUAUAUAUUUGAUCAUACAGAAAGCAUCACUCAUACAUGCAAAAAAUUAAAAAAUAAACUUUUUUUUAUUGCUCUUGGGGGCCCCCUAUUGGCCGCGGGGCCCUAAACAGGCGCUUAGUUCGCUUAUGCUUUGCGCCGACUCUGCUUGAAAGCAAGAGGUAAGAUUUUGAUAUAAUUUUCAUAGUAAUGACACUUACAUAUAUAUUUUUUAUCGGAUAUUCAAUCCUUUGCUACUCCAUGUAAAUAUUAGCAAUGUUUGGAACGGUUUGUGUUUCAAAAUCGCACGUUAUGACAAGGAAACUAACAAAGGUAUAGCGAUUGAUAGUUACAUUGAUGUCAGUCUCCGUUGACAAAUUCAGUGUAAACAGCAAGGCAUGAUGACGUAGCGGAACUGAGCGGAGUCUUGUUUCUUAGGAGCGUGUUUUCACCCCUUCCCCCAGGCCCUUUGAUUUGAGGAGUAGACAAAGGGUUGAGACGAAGGGGAAAGAGUGACAGUUGGAAUUAGCCCUUAACCUCAAUGGAAGAUUUCCCUAAAGAAGAUUAUUUGGUGCCCAGUUAGGACUUAUGUUCUGGUUCUGAUUGGGCUUUAAGCACAUCCAGAAAACAGCUCUGUGGAGUCCCAUAUUUUUAUCUGAACUGAACACUCUGUUCUCUCGACUCUCAUCCUUUCCCGAGAAUUUGUGUAGAAUAAUUGUGAACUCAGAUGUUUUUAACGCCUCAGAUUGACGAUCUGAAAAGACUCUGCAGCGUUUUAAUCGUCAAAAUUAAACAGGAUUCAAUUAAGCAGUCAUCUAGGAACUGUCCAUGUACAUCGCAUGUAACCCAGUGUGAAGCUGUGCCUCAUUAAUGCUUUUUAAUGAACUUUAGGGGACAAUGAAAGCUGUAGAGCUCUGGUUAUGCUUCUGUAUCCGAAAGGUCGCAGGUUUAAUACAUCUUGUCUCACAUUAAUUAAUGUCUAUCAAUCUACUGCCAAGCUGUGACCUUUCUCAGAGUCCUUGAGCGAGACACCGUACCUCAACUUUCUUCAUUAAUCUACGCUACUGAAGCUGUAGUUCAAUGUUAUAAAUUCAAAUGGGUUUUAUUCCUGACCCAUAAUUCACAUAUGUUUUGAAGCCAGCUUCUUUAAGGUCCAGAGGAGUCCAUCUUUUUAGCUCUGAACACUGAGCGGUUUCUCCUGACUGUAGUUUGUUCAUCUUUGUCGGCCUUGGACUCAAGGAUGGAAGUACAACGUUUUUUCGAACCAAUUGUGAAUAGUUUUAUUUCUUCCUCAGUCCAGUAAACACAUACUUUCAAAGUCUGUGAGUCUCUAAGAAAACACAUAGAAAGGUAAAAAUGCAUCUUUGUUUGCAAACCAAGAAAUGUCUCUCAAAUGAAAACAAGCUGUGGUUGUAGAUGUAAAACUAGACACCUUUUUUAGUAAAAAGUUCCAGUUUCUGUAGAGUUAUAAGAUUUUUAGAUUGAAGUUCAAAUACCAGGGAUACCGCUCUUCACCUCGCUCAUGAUGAACUUCAGUAACUGAAAGGAGAAUCGGCCUGUUUCAGAAUCAAGUUUACAGCCGCUGAAGAGAGUAUAUCUUAUGUUUUUAGAAGGAGCUUCAUGAAGUGGAGUGAAGUUCAAUUUAAGUGUUUUUACAUACACAGUGAACUGGUCCGAGAUUAUACUCAGACAUGUUUUUAUCUUGAUUGGAAAGGUGUGGUCUCAUGUCACAUUCAGCUGGAAAACAACUGGCUAAAGAUGUUGCUCACAGAUGCUCAGCUGGGAACUGCACUGAGGUCUCUACUAGGUCUCUUAGAAGAGAAAUACAAACAACUGCUACUCCAGAGAUUAGAUACUUAAGCUGAGCAAUAACACCAUUUAUAACCAUUAUUAAUUAGAAAAACAACAUUUGAAUACUGAAAGUUUGUAUCCCUGCUACCAGAUAUUCAUAUUUUAUUAUUGGUUGUUUGCAGUUAGUUGGAGUCAGUGCUUCCAAAGAGGUGACCACCAUCUUUGGACAUCAUAUCCAUAGACUGUAUAAACUAUGGACAACUUGGCUCCGCCCUCCGUCAUCAAAUGAAUUUGAAGCCGAAUUGCUCUUUGUAUUUCCUGGAUUUUCUCCACUUCCUGGAACCACCACUUGCGCAGUAUUGUUGUACGCAUUCGGCUGCAGAGUCGCUGUGAUGAUGCUCUGCUCAAAAAGCGUAUCCCCGGGUGAGCUACGCAAACUUCGUACGCCCAUAGGCUGUAUCAGGUGUCAAUCAAUGAAAACUUGAACCUCCCGAAUAACUUUUAAAAACGGAGCUGCACAGAAAAAAGAGGACUUGAGCACAAACCAGUCUUACAAUGACGUAUCAACAUCGCAACCGAGGGGAGGAAAAUUUUUAUUCCGUGUGUAUAAUUUCUGAAGUUUGUCCACAGCUCCGUAAGGAUUGCUGGAGGAGGCGGGGUUUGUGACCUAUACUGCAGCCCGUCACCAGAGGGUGCUGUUUUCCAGUCCAUUCUAUAUACAGUCUAUGGUCAUAGCUCCGUAUCAUUAAGCAUAGGGGGACUCCACUGUGCAAAGAUCCAUGUUUGUACAAUGGAUAGCUCGUGGAGAACAUAAUAUCAUCUUCUCUGGUGUGUACGCUCUUGGCUGUGUUUUUGCAGUGUUUUGAGUUAAAGUUGUUACCAUGAUAACUUCCUUUCAGAGCUGUGUCUGACUAGAUUAAGAGAAAACUGCAGUUCUGUGCGUAGCUUUGAAACACUUAUUAAGUGUGAUGGUCUGUUUACUCUUUCAGCAAAUGCAAAGUGAUGCUUACAUGAGGAUGGCUGAUGCACAGACGAGUGUUAGGAAAACUGAACAAAUUGCAUUGUGGGUAUCUGAGGGGGCCUGCUGAAAUGUUGAAGUUAAACCUCUGAUAAUAUAUACUUUAAAUGCAGCGUUGCUCAUUCAUUUUCUCUUGUCCUUUAGAGUUACAUUAUAAAACAUGCAGGAUCCGUUCCUUUCACAUCAUUUAUUGUCACGCUGAAUGAUUUAGUUUUUCAUUUAUAAAGAGGAAAAAUGGGUUCAUUCGCAUCAAUUUGCACUGCAUAUCAUUGACUCGGCUUUGAAAUGAUCUGCCAAUCACACACACCUCGGCUUUAUACUCGCUGCCAACAGAAACACUGGAGUCUGUUCCUCUUCCUGACAGCUUUCAUCAGCGCUGAAUGAUGGCGUCCCACACAAUGAGAGCUUAAUGUUUCCAAAGCUCAGUUUAUUUAAUGCCAAUGAGUUUUGUUUGUGUUUUUGUUUUCUUCCAGCCCUGCGAACGGAGAGCUGGAGAAAGAGUCGUAUUCCUAUGUGGAUCAGCUGCCAGUGUCUGAGAUCAUCCAUCAGGUAAGAGACCCGGUCAAGUGGGGACACUCAGAACCAUGUGAUGGGAUUUUGGGGGUUUUGUCCUCCGUCUUGGCUUCUUGCGCGGUCAGCUCUUUAUUCGGGUUCCCGUGUUUUUUUCCCCCUCAUUGUAAGUGUGUCUAAACCUGUCCUUAAUUUGGACGCAGAACAGAGAGUUAUGUGCAACAUCCACCAACAGAUUCUUUGUGUCGUAGCCAUGGUGACAGCUCCAAGUGUGAAAUGCAAGUGCCUCCCGGUCUCAGCGCGCAGCGGCCACCGUGAAAUCCAGCAGAAUGGAUAGGCAGCAUUUUGGCGAGGGAUUGUGCAUUCACCUCAUUCCCGAAUGGAUUGUGGCUCUCAGCUGAGCCGACCUUCACAAAUGAACACCUAUUCCUCCUCAUUGCACCUCUCUGAGUGUGUGUGUGCCCUGCAUUCAAAAUAGUCCCAAGUUCCUUGUCAUUCUUUCAGAUUUUUCAUUAGGAGCCUUGAAAAAAAAACACGUUCUCUGUACCUCGUCUCCAACUUGUGCCUCAGAAAGAAAAGAGAGGAAGUCACAUUAAUCUUUGCUGCAGGCGAGAGAAAACAUUAGUGGAGUUUAUAUUAGUGGGCUCAGCUGCCAGUGAGAAACUCAUACUUUAAUAUUCUGGGAUUGGACACGUUAAUGUGACCAUCUAUAGAGAAUUACCCCGAGCGGUAUACCUUCAGAAAGUUUGUAAAGUUUAUGGUGAACACUUUUAUUCACUCUGGUAAUGGAGGCGUCGUAACUUUUGUGCCCGGGUAGUUGUGGAAGCUGGAGCUGUGUAUUUGAUGUGACUUUUGACAGCUGCAUUGAAAGCCUCAUAAUCGUAUCGCACAUAAAAUUCUCAGCGUUUCUGUUACUGCGAGAUAUGGAGGUUAAACCAACCGUAUUAUAAACCUCAUGAGCAAUGGCAACAGGUUUAAUGAAGCCCUACCAGAGUUACAAGCUGGUUAAACGAGUUGUUUUUGUUCCGGAAAAGGUUUUUUGGAUGAUUGUAAAGCAGGUCAUGCAGUUUAUAGCAGCAAGUGAAUAAGAUCCCUGCUUUCAAACCCCCUAGAUGAAGCUCACUCACUCUAAAUGCCAAUCUUCAGCUAAAUUGGCAUCGCUUAAGUGAUGGAAAGAGAUUGCUUUUGUAAUCGUUUGGAUUCAGGAGGGGUAUGUAGCAAACUCAGGAGUGUAAAAUAUACGAUACAGUUAGAAAACGCUGAUUUAGCCUCUUAAAUGUUUGUUUGAAGCUCCUCUGAGGAGUUUUUUAUCAGCUUAGGGAUCAUGUGAUGUAUCUUAACGACCUAUUUAAACAAAAAACACCUCAAACGACAAGAUUGAUCAUUACUAAAUUGUUACUGUGUGUGUCAGACCAACAAAUAUUCGCAGUAAAUAAAACAUUUGACUGUAAAGAGAUAAGAUACAGACAUAAUUUUAAAGAAGAUAUUCUGCUUAACCUAAAAUAAAUAACCUAAUAAUGGCCUGAUUUGAUACAGUGGUGUAAAUGACUGCUUGUAUGAGAAGGUUGGUCACGAACAGCAAAUGAUUUCCUGCCUCCAAACCAUCCAAACUUUGUUUUUUAAAGUUUUUCAGCUUGUUUGUUUUUUAUUUAUUUUUUAUUUUGCAGCAAGUGUGACUUUCAGCAUUAGCAGGCAGCUGUUUUUGACUCCAAAGGUGUGAUUAAACCCACUAAACAACCUGCCCGGCUCCAAAAUUCAGACAGAUACUCUCAGAGAACACCUGUUAAACAUACUGCAGUAUUUAGCAGCAAGGAGCCAGAUAUUCUGAUGAUUUUAUGGGAUGUAAAAAAAGAAAAAAUGAGCUUAAAAAGGAGCGAGUAUUGGCAAAGUCAUCGAAUGAAAUGUCAUAUGAUGGGAUGUCUGUAAAAUCUCAGUUUACAUUAUAAAGGAGAUUUAAGCCUCUGGAAUUGACCAGAUUUCAACCCAAGCUGUGAUUUUAAGAGUCAGUCAGCUUUAUCAACAUGUCAUCCUGUCAAGACAGUCUGCAGACCUCCACUGAAAGUCGAUUUGAAGCCUUUCAAAAUAAAAGCGAAUAAAGCGGGAGAACGUCUUUUACGUCAGUAGUUGAUUUAAAGCCUUUCAAAAUAAAAGAAAAUAUACCGAGAGUAUGUUAUUAGGUCAGGAGUUGAUUUGAAGCCUUUCAAAAUAAAAGCAAAUAUACAGUUUUUUUAUGUUUUAAGAUUUUUUUGUGUGUUCAUGUGUUCAACAAAGAGAAAGUACAAAAUGCGAUGACCACUUAAAACAAACUGGAGCGCAUGAAAAGAAUGAACACCUCGGGUCCUGACAGUGGAGGUCUGCAGCCAGACCCCCCUCCAUCUUGUAACACCUUUACUUUUUUAGGAGUUACUCCAUAAUGUUAGUUUUAACCGUAAUGCACCAGAGCCUCAUGAAAUGAUCUUAUCAUUUAGGAGUUUAUAGCAGUCGAGCUAUUGUUUGUGAGACUUUCAAGGUGCAGCGUGUUAUGAAAUAUCUAUAAGGAUGUUAGAGUUAGUGUGGAAUCACUUGAAUAUAAAAAUGAUGAUAUUUUUGUCUCUGUCUCUUCACACUGUGCCUUUAAGAGCUCACAAAUGAGUGUACAUUUUCAAUUUAAGGAUCAAAAGUCGCCACAGCUCUAUAAAAAAGAUGAAAUGAAGCCUCGUCUGUUUUUGAUCAGCAGCAGACACAGAGGAAUCAAAUUAUGAGGCUUCGACAAAUAUUCUCCGGGAUGUUUUUUUUUUGGAUUGGUCGGUCUUGGUUUAGGGUUUCAGCGGCUAAAGCAGAGUCUGAGUCAUCGACAGAGAUGCUUGCCUCCUCUGUUUAGACAGAUAUGAAACUAUCAUCGCCGAGCUAAAGGUCAGCUCCGGCUGAACCGAGUCAGUGAUCAGUCUUUUUAUAGAAAUCUAAAAAACCUCGGGUCCUGCUGCUGGAAACAUCUGUGUCCGACAUUGACUUUGUUGUGAACAAAGGAGUCACAGUAGGUCGGCCUGGAGAAAUGAAGCUGACCGUCGGCCUCAGCCCCGGUCGGACUCUUAUUGAGUAGCGUGAUGGGCAAGGGGAGGGGUCUCCACACCCUGCGGCACUCUGGGAAAUUGAUCGCCAAGGACUGACUUGAAAGCCUGGCAAACACUGGCCAGUUCUGGAUCUGCUGUCCUCAUAAAGCAAACUCAUAAUAUUCAUUACACAGAAGCAGCCAGGCUGUUGAGAGCCACGCAAACACACCUCAUUGAGCGUCCUUGGUCUGCUUCCUUACCGCCUGACUUGGCUCCCUCCCACUUUUGUCCUUUUUUAACCCUUCUCUAUUCAUCUAUGCUUAUACUUUUCAGUCUCUCCCGUUUUUUGUUAGCUCCCUCUCCUCGUUUUCAGAUGCACCCACACGUACAACUCACAAACACACUCGUCAACCCGAUGACCCCUGCCAGAGAUUUCGAUUAUCGGCUUGCACUCCUGCUGGGCUGAAGAUGGGAGUCCUGACAGACUGAGUCAUCUCCCCCCUCCUCACCAUAAUCCAUCUGCACUGCAGCAGAAUGACCAAUGUCCAUGGAGCCUAUUGACAGCUCUCCUCUUUUUGAUUAGCCGUCAUAUUGUGCGCACAAGUCCCCAAGAUAUCUUUGUCUACAUGCCAGCGUGGCGGCGGCCUUUUGUCGCCGCUGAUUAGACGAGCUCAUCCGGAGAACUGGAUGUGAUCGGAACGAGAUUCGAUUGAAUCUCAUAAGGUUUCAUGUCUAAAAUGUUCCAAAGUGACGUGUCGCUGAUUUCUGCCUCGCUACCUGCAAAUAAAAAAAAAAAAAACCUGUCUGUGUUUAUCCUCCAAGAGAAACAUUUUACGGCUUGUAAAUAGAAAGUCAUCCCGGUGAGUGGCAGUGGAUAUAUAAGGCAGCGCUGCACCGCCUCUGUAUACAAACCUCCCCUCAUUGUGUAUGUGCUCGUGUGCAUGUGAAGAGUUGAUUAAUGCCCUGUCACUGUUGGCAGUUGUCUCGCUGGUGGUGACAGGGUGAGUCCCCUCCUCCUGCCACCUUCUCUUCCCAACCUCACACAUCUCAUCCCGCUGCCAAUGCUUAAUCACAAUAUGCUGCGCUCUGAAAAUAACUAAAAGGAGCUCUUAUUCUCCCUCCUCUGACUCUCUUGUGUAUUCUACCUUUUCCUACCUUACUGCUCCGCGUCCCGGUCUCUGGCGUCAAAUUGUUAUUUGUUCUUUUGCCAGCUUGACGCCUCACACCAUAUGGCUCUGGAGAAUUGAAAAUAAAAACACUGAAAAUUAAUGCUUCACCUCCCUGCUGGGCCCCCGCCUCUCUCUCAGCCUGCAGCCUGGUACUCUCCAAAAUAAAGGAGACUGAGAUGUGCAGAAGAAACACAAAAAACUUCUCUUUUCAAUCAUAUGAAGUGGAUUUUUUCUUCAUAUCUGAUUCUUUUCAUGGAGAAAUUUAGCCCCACACCGGACAAUUUUCGUUCAGAUUCAGGGUCACUCCAGUCCAAAUAACCCUCAAAACUGAGUCGGGGCCACUCUGGUCUGGGGUUGUAAAUAACAAACAUGAUAAAUAUUUAUGUUUCUUGAUCAGCUGAAUACCUGCAAUGACCCUGUGUACAACUCACGACUUAGUUUUCCCAACGUGAGGAAAUAGAAAAUCAACAAUGGCGUAUAAGUGAGAGGAUAAAACAAACACUGUUUUCAUUUCAGAGUCUCUAGUCCAGGAUGUACGAGCUGCUGGUUUGACUCCCAGCCCCAGCCUGUAGUUGCAUAUCUGCCCCACUCUCUUCUCCAGGAUGUUUUCCUUUAAGCUCCAGUGAGGAACUUUUUGGUGCCCUUAAAGUUGACAUUUGCUUCUCUGGUCCUCGACAUGAUCAAGUUGAGUCGCCUGACAAAACAACUAGCUGACUUUUAAAAAAGUAAUUAGUAGUAUUUUAUGUGGACAUUGUAAAAACAGGGAUGUUUCUUUAGCUGCUUGUCCAACACUUACCGCCUCACAGAGGUAUCAGAUUUUAAAAUUACUUUAUAAAAAUCAUUAAUCUUGUCUUGUUUGCUUUUGCACAUCAUAAAAAAGCAUCAACACGAAUUUCAGUCAGUUUCAAAAAGGUAAAAACAACUUCACAGGACCCCUGAAGGACAAUUAUUUUUUGUUUUGUACCUUUUGUCCUCUCUGUUUACUCUAUUUUAUCUUCAAAAGUUUAAUUUUAUAAAUUUUAAGUCAUUAAAUAUUUUAAAAGUCAAUCUAAGAAUGCUAAAAACCUGAACUGUGGAUGCUACAUCCUUAUAAGAAGUGUAAAAAGGAACAUCUUUUGGUUCCUAAUCAAAGCAAAAUGUUAUGUGCUCCAUUUUUAUCUGGAUUGUACCAAAAAUUUGCCAAACCCUAACCCCAAAAUCAAGAUAUAUAUAUUGAUCGGUGUUCUUUUGUACCAUUACACCAGCACUUAAGUGAUUUAUUUAAUUUCUUCCACCUAAACCUUUAAACAUACACUUUAUAUCGCUUAACUGUGCAGCUUUACUUAAAAUUUAAUGAUGUAAUUUUUACAUUAAAACCAAAUGAAAAAGUUUCCAAAAUAAAAGUGUUUUAAAAUCUGAAAUUUGAAAGUAUAAAAAGGCAAAAAAAAAGAAAAUAGUAUCAGUUUCAUUGACAGUCUCAGCGUUGACCAAAGCCUGAAAUAUACAGUGCGGUGUCCUGGCUGUGCACACUGUCUUCCUCUUCUGCACAUAAAUUUGCAGCAGCUCUGACCUUGGCGAGCUACAGUUAGGUAGGCUGUUUCAUACCUCCCUCAACGACCAUCAGCGUCCUGCGUGGCCAUAUUAAUUAGCUCCAAUCAAUCAGGUGGGUAGCUGUUAAUUGAUUUUACUUGUGAAAUGAAUACGCGACACAAAGCCUGGGUAAUGGAGGCAGGCUGGCUUCAGUCACCGUCUCCGUCCUUGGCAGAGCUAUGUGAAAGCUCCCGUCAGUGAAGGUCGGCACACACUCGCAUGUUUUUCGCUUCACUUUCUUUGCUGUUUCUCUCAUUUCUCUGCCUUAUACUUCUAACUAUUUGACUCUUUUAUUUGUACCUUUUACUUUUAUUUUUAAAAAAAGCAUUUUUUUUAGAAGCUUUCAAAGUAAAGAUAUAUCAAGCACAUCUGAAGAUACUUGAAUGUCUUGUCCUUGAUUUCUGUACAAAGCGUUUCCGUUUUAGCAUUCAGAGAGGCUUUUCAACCACAUAUAAACAUCAGGCCUGUUGUCAGCUGACCAGAAAACCGUGCAACUUGAAACAUGAUAUUUUAUUAAUGUAGUCAGUAAAACUUUUUUUAAUCGUGACACAGGUGUGAAAGUUUAAUACGUUAGAAAAUUCAACAUGUAUAAAUAUGUGCAGCUUGAUGGUUCGACCAUAAUCAAAAACUGUUUUAUAAAAGUGAAAAAGUUCAGUUUGACAUGGAGACUCAAAACUUUAUUUUACCAGCAAUGACCUGACUGACAAAUAUGAGUAAUGACAGCAGAAGGUGUUUUUCUGUUUCUGACCUUGAGACGGUCUGUCAUUUUUUUUUCAUGGGUUUGUGUUUUUUUUUAUUAUUAUUUGUGUGAAAUAACCUUUCAAAAGAUUUGUGAACUCCCAUUUUGAAACAAUAGUAUUUCAAUAAGACUAUGUCAUCACUUCACCUCUAUCCUUGUGUAGGGUUAAGCCUAUGCCCUGCUUGUCAUCGAUCUUCCUCUUAGCAGGAUUAAAGUUGACUAAAUGAACAUCAUGCUGUUUUAGUGUUAACUAAAGCAACCACUCAAAUUUAGAUUAGGGCCGUUUUUGAUUCUGUAAGAUACAAUUUGAAAUGAUCUGCUGUAUAAAAAGAUACAAUAUACAGUACAAUAGAUACAACUGGGUAGGAUAGGACAUGAUUUCAACAGAUACGAUAUCUUACAUUAUGAUAUGAAAUGUUACCGUAGGAUAUGAUACAAGAGAUACGAAAUGUUAUUUUGUUUAUUUUUAUUUCAUGAUAUGUAAAAACAAAAAGGAAAAAAUUAAAAUAAGAUAAAUGACUAUUGUUAAUAUGAAAUAGCGGAGAGUCUUAACAAUUCAAUACAAAGUUGACAGAUAUGAACAUUUAAUAAUAAUCUUUAAGAAAAAGUAAGUACUGUUAGGAAACGAUACUAAGGAACGAUAUGAUACGACACAAAACCAUGCGUUGUAUUACGAUAUGAUACAAUACAAUAAGACAGAUACAAUGAAAUACGAUAUAUGUUACAAUAACGUACAUUACAUUACAAAAUGAUAUAAUUUGUUAGGACAUGAAACAACACAAUACAUUAUAAAAGAUACAAUAUGAUACAAUGCAUUGUUUACACUGAGAAAUCGACUUUAACCUUGUGCAGUUACAUGGCCUCACAGUUGAACUGCGAAACCAUUAACCUACAGAGAAACUUGACAACUAUAAACCACAAAUAUUACUAAUAUUCAACAGCCAGAAAAAGUGACAUAAUAUUAGUAAUCUAUAUUAACCUUCACUAUCAUGUUAUGCAUAAUUUGCAACUUUAAUUAGUGAUAACGACAAGAACAUAAUGAAGCUAUUUCACACACCCCUGAACCUCAAGGACCAUGAUUUAGCCUUUUGAUUGAGCUCUGAAAUGUAUGAGAACUCGGUAUUGUCUGUCAGAUAGUUGAAGCUGAAUAUCCGAGCGGUGGAUUUUAAAUUGAGUUGAACAUUACUGGCCGUGUCUGCCUGAGUACAGACACUAUCAGGUCCACCAGGAAAGUCUAAUGCAGUUCUGCUUAUUGUUCAGAUUUAAGUGACACCUCCACAAGUCUUUUAUUUUAACUAUAUAUCUAUAAAUGAAGCAGUAGCAUGACUUGAUCAACCCAUUUCUAAUGCUUUCCCUAGCUUGACUUGUUGUAAUUUAUGGUUUUAAGGCCUCAUAUCUGCGGUCGAGUUUGAGAAAUCCACCUGAUUUGGGAGUGAAACUGAUAAAUAGUUGAUGAAAUGUCACUUGGCUGCAGCGUGUGGUCAUCACCAUCUUUUGUUUCGCCCCCCCUCGCCUCCAUCUUGACAUAUGCUCCUCUGUCCUCCGGCUGUGCUGACGUGGCUUCCUGUCACAGUCGAUCCAUCUCGCUUUGCUCUUCCUCACUCAAGGGGCUCGCACAAACACACACUCAUGUAUUUACAUGCUCACACACAGACAAGUCGCAGUCACGCACACUCCUGCUUCCCAUCGCCACAGAGGUCAACUGCCCCCAAUGGCCACACGCUCCCAGUCGUUUCUCAUAAACAUCCUUCUGCUUUGUCCUCAGGGUGUUUAACCCUCAGCUUCUAUACUUGUCUUUCUGAUGGCCACUUUGUCACCAAGACUGCAGCAGAAAAAAAAAAUGGCUCAAGUCAAGCGUUGUUAUGUAACAGAGCUGCAUAUAGCAUCGUGGGAGCAGGAAGUAAAAUCCCUCUGUAAACAGAAGAUCGAGGCCAUGUUUGAGCCGUCGUAAGUCAGUGACCAUGCAGUGACAGUCUGAACUGUCAGAUCAGAAUCCAUCUGAUUACAGCUGUGUUUUGACAGAUCUCAGAGGUCCUCACUCUGUGUCAGCUUGACCCAAAAACAUGGACAAUGACUACUCAAGCAUUCAGACAUAUUUGUUUGGGAUUUCAAGAUGAAAUUCUGCCUCAGCUGAUCAAGAAUAGACUGGUUAUUAAUUCAGCACUCAAAACUGAGAGGGCUUUGGUUACAGUUUCAGAAAAAUGGAAAGUGAAGGAAGUAUCCUGUUCAAUCAUAUCAAAGCUAGUGUAUGUUACCUUAUUUUGCUGUAGCUUAUCCUGCCUUACUGGAGCUUAACCUAUCAUGCCCUAAUGUGAGUGAGUGCAUCAUUUAAGUAUAUUGUAGCAUGUCCUGUAUAAUGUAUUGAUUCCUGUAUCUAGUCAUAUGUCAUCUCAUAUAUCAUUUCCUUCCAUCUUACCUAUUCUUAUAGUAUCAUAUCCUUUCUUAUCUGAGCAUAUCUCAUCUCAUCUCAUCUAAUCUAAUCUCAUCUCUUUUCAUUUUAUCAAUUUUUUUUAGAAUCAAACCCUUUACCUGAUAGCAUCUUAUCUCAUCUCAUCUGAACUAAUCUCAUCUAAUCAUUUUCCAUUUUAUAAAUUCUUUUAGUAUCAAAUAAUUUCUUAUCAGACUAUAUUUGAUCUAACCUCCUCAUCUCAUCUAAUCUCACCUAAUCUAAUCUCAUCUGAUCUCUUCCCUUUUAUCAUUUUUUGUAUCAAAUCCUUUAUCUGAUUAUAUCUCAUCCUCAUCUCAUCUCAUUUGAUCUAAUCUAAUCUCUUUCCAUUUUAUUAGUUCUUUUAGUAUCUGACCUUUCUGAUCAUGUCUCAUUCUAUUUAAUCUAGUUUUAUUUGAACUAAUCUCAUUUUAUCUAAUCUCAUCUCUUCCCAUUUUAUGUGUUUUUAUUCUAUUUUUCCAUUCUUAACUGACCAUAUCUCAUCUUAUCUUUCUGUCUCAUCUGUUCUCAUCGUGUUGUAUCAUAUCCCAUCAGAUUAUUCCUACAAUGCUGUACUGACUUACUGUGUAUCUUGUCUUGUAGUGUCUGAGUUGUAACUCAUCCUACAUCAUCUCGCCUUUUCUCAUCUCAUAUUAUCUCAGUUUAUAUCAUUUCAAGUUUUCUCAUGUCUUAUUUUAUCAUAACCCAUCUAACAGUAUAUCUCUGUAUUUUUUAUCAGAUCAUAUGCUCUUUUAUUUUGUAUCUAGUUGCAUAUUUUUUAAUUCUAUUGUAUGGCAUGGAAUUAAAUCUCAUCAGACAGAUGAACAGGCUACAUAGGAACAGAUAUACAUACAGUAGAUGAAUUGGUCAAAUACAUAAAUUUCACUAAGAGACACAGUAUGAGCUGUUGAUCUUCUCAUUUACUCCUAAAGCUGUCUGAUGCUAAAACCUGGAAGGAUCCCUGUUCUUGUUUGAAUGAUAGGUCAUUGUGAACCACACCGAGCCACGAGGAUCAGCGUGUUCAGCUCUGAGGUUACACUGGGAGAACAGGAGAACAAUGUCUCCCUUUGUCCAGUUUUCAAACUAAUAUUGAAGCUAAAAUUCGUCUAACAAAGCCGAUUUUACUCAAGGCUAAGAUUAUUCUUAGGGCAAAGAGCCAUGUUUCCAUGGCAACAGCAAAUGUCACCUGCUGUCAACACAGUUUUAAAAAAUGACCAAAUUUUUCCAAGUCCCAAACAACUUGAGUUUGUUCAGAGUACAGGAGAAAUGUUUCCUUGCUUUAAAGAUUGGCAGCUUUUAAUAAUAAGAAGAAUAACGAGGUGAAGCUGUGAGAAAGAAAAAAAACUUCUUUUAAAGGUGCAGUCCGCUUGGUUUUACUGGCGCUUUGUUAGAUGUAUUAUUGAUGUAUUACUUCUUUGUUAUGGGGCCAACAUUAGUAUUCUCAGUGGAUUCAUAACCUCUUUUGUUGCCAUCCUUAUUCUACACAAUAAAAGUCAGGUGAACAACGUGGAAAGGUUUAAACUUCUAUAGAUUAUCUGGCAAAAGUGCCCGAGCUAAAGAGAAAAAAAGCUACCCGUGAUAGAUACAGAGAAUGGUGCGUUCGAGGGCACAGUGACAGGGAGCAGAUUGUCUUGUUUCUGUUUGCUGCUCCAGUGCUCACGCUUCAGAGACGAAUAUCAGCAAAGUUUGCCAAAGUGGAUUCAAAACCAGAUGCUGCGACACUUACCUGUGCUCUGAUACUGUGUGAUUGACUCAUCGGUUCACAGGGAGGGAGGCUCUGUGGUGAGCUCGAGUAUUUCCACUGAACUGUGAUCAGGAUGCAAAGUUCCUGUUUCACUCACUGUUUAAACAAAAGUAGUGCAACAGGAUGUGAAACAUUUAUGACAGGUUUUUAAGGAGUGGAAAAGCUGCUGUAUUUUUGCUCAUCGAUGGUCAUUAAUAAUGCAUAUCCUAAAUCUGUAAUAAAGAAGAUAUCCUUUUACAAAGACAUGAUAGUGAGUCGUGCCUGUCUGAAUGUUAACUUUGAGUUUUCUGAAUCACUCACAUCAACAGCCUUUACUCUUUAUUUUUCUCUCCUAAAGUCGGCUAAUAUGUGUAGGUGGAGUUGUUUGAUUGACAGCGACCUUGCAACAAAGGGAGAGCUCUCAAGUCCCGCCCACAUCAGAGGGGAAAUCAAUUCAUGCUCUCCGUUGACCUUGUAGAGCGUGAAGGUGCCUCCUUGUCACUUUCAUUGGCUCGCAAACAGCAGCAGGGAAAUAUGUAACAGCUCCUGUGUUGGUAUGUGCUAACGUCAGAGAGAGGAAACUAGGACUCAGUCUUUAGAAGUAAAAAACAGAACCUGUAAGAAGAUAAAAGUGGGUACAAGGAAUGAAAAGUGGCGGAUCUGGGGCGCUGGUUUAACUUAGACAAACCAAAACAAACUAAACAAUACAAGGAUGCUUCAGCUCCGUCCAUUUAGUAUAAUUAUUCCUCCAAGAAGAGCUGAAAAAAAAGAAAAGACUGACAAUCAGGAGUUUGAUAACGCACCUCACUCUGUCUCUCUCAGGUUAAUCCAUAUUUAUAAAUCCUACAUAAAAAUGCAAAACUGGAGACAAGGGACCGGAUUUUGGUUUCUCAAGUGUUUGUAGUGUAAAUAUUAUCAUCCACUCGAGGUUCUGUAGGAAAAGUCUGCAUGCAGAAAAACAGAGAAAGAUGCAAAAUGCAGAACGCUGUGAUAUCAGUCUGAAACAUCAGAUCUGACUCUAGCCGUGACGUAUUUUAGGACUUGGUUCUGGAGGGGCGAUAUCUAAACACAAGAGAGCAUAGGCUAAAGUUUCUCUUAUGUGUUGGUAAGGGUGUUUUGGUCUGAGGGGCCCUCCUCCAGAUCUAUUUCCUGUAUUCUUGUGAACUGUUGAACACAAGUUUGUCAUGAACGUUCUUCAUUUUAGUCUCGUUUAUAGAUCACUUUGGUUUAUUUUAAGCCGUAUGCUCUUUGUAGGGUUUCUAAACAAGACCUGUAUCUGGAACAGGACUCUGUUUUUGCAUUUAUAUCUUUGCAGUGUAGUGUCUGUGUAACUUGAAACCAACAGGAAGAGUCUAUUAGCCUGGCAUGCCAGUAUCAGGCAGAAUUACUGUGAGCAGAUACACAAAAUACUGAGAAAUCACAGGACAACUUAUUCAGCCAACCCCCAAAUGCUCCUGCCCGGCUCGAGUGGGUCCCUUCUUAUUAGCAGACAUGCUGUCUCUUCAGCCUGUGGUCUGCAUCAGCACUCUGGGUCUAUGCAUUAAAAAAAAAACCGUCGUCUGCAGAGGGUGGGCACUUGGCGAAUUUCAGUGAAUUUGGCUGCCCACUCAAUCACAAGCUGGAAACUGUACCAGCAUCCUGGCAAUCCACCCCUGAAUUGGCUGGACAAACAUUUUCCCCCGUUAAUGUUGUUUGGGUGGGCAGACCCACUCUUUGGUGAGCUGAGUCCACCCUGACCCAGAGCUGCUGCCAGCUUCAGGAACCAUUAGGAGGUCAUCUGAAUACGGCUUGACUGGACACAGAAACCUUGUAGUUGGUGCUCAGAUACGGUGUCUUCAUUAUUGCUCCUCCAGAUUGUAAACAACUGUAAUGCAAAGUAAAGGAAGUCCUGGUUUUAUUGCACUAUCUCAGACAAACACCCAACUCAAGAGCCAUUUGCAUAAAACAGUGCGCUCCUUUCUGCUGCCAUCAUUCAGGGUUGAUGGUAAAAUUAGCUUUUCAUCGCCUGUUACAUGAUGCUAUUUUUGGUCUAAACACCCACUUUGACGUCUGCCGUCAGACAAAAGAGACUAAAAUCUGUCUGUCCUUUGAGAUGUUUCCUGCGGUUUCUGUCAUUCUCCUACAAAAGCAUCAUUCAAUCAAACUCUGGAAACAAACCCUUUAUUGUUUGAGCAACAUUGUCUCCUCUGCUCACUGACUGUCUGAUGAAACACAGAGCGUUUCCCUCUGAAUAACCUGCAGCUUGUUUUCUGUCAGACACUAUCUACUGUAGAUAUAGUGUAUGUAGGAGAGAGGGCCUGUAAUCUAUGCCUCACAUCUCUCUAGGUCUGAAUGCAACUCUGCUCCUAUUUUUCUCCUGAAUCCAUUUAUUGCAGGACAGCGUCGGCAAAUAAAAUCUGAGCGGGAGCAGAAAAUACAAGCUAAUAUCUGCAGAGUGAAUGCAGCUUUAAAUCAGACGCUCUUCCCCGUCUCUGUCCCCACACGAUGUCUCGAUAAGACCUAAGGCCUCGCCGAGUCUGCUUUAGCAUUCUGCGUGGGGCUUUAUUGAUUUGACUUGAUUGAGCGGUUAAGUAAAUUUCAAGUCAGACGUUAUCCAAUCUUUCUGCUGUCCUCGGUCUUUCUAUAUCAGAAAUUGGCAGCAUGGACACGUAACCUGAUGUUUGGAUGGAAAAGAAAGCCUUGGGAAGAGACGCACACUUGCUAACUAUGAGCUGUUCAAUUAUAUUACACAACAGUUAGUCCUGACAAAGUAUCUGAUUGGACAGGAGCGCCGAAACGAGGUGUACCGCAACUCAAGGACGCAUUUCACAGCUGUGCAUCAAAGGGUAAACAACUUCCAAGGCUCUAGUGCAGUCAGGAUCAAGUCCUUCCUUUCCCAGGACACAAGGACCCACCAGAUGUGUCUUUUGUGAUGCACCUGUUACUCACCAGGUUGCUGAAGAUAGCAUCUGCGAUCUUUACCCGACGUUUCACUUUUUCCAUCCGUCUUAGGCCAUGUACACACGCAGCCGGUUUAAAGAAAAGAAGUCACGUACACACAUCAUCGUUUUAAAAUAAUCACAUUCACAUAAAACUGCAUAAGUGUGCUAUUGACUGCAGUUAUAAGCAUGCCAGACCUGGAGUUGUUAGUAUUUUCCAAGAAGGUAGAUCCGUCGUCCUUAUCCGAGUCCGGGUCGCGGGGGCAGCAGCUUCAGGAGGGAAGCCCAGACAGCCCUCACCCCAGCCACCUCCACGAGGAUUCCCAGGCGCUCCCAGGCCAGGCCAGAGAUAUAGUCCCUCCACCUGGUCCUGGGCUGGCAAUGAGGUCUCCUCCUGGUGGGACAUGUCCGGAACACCUUGAACGGGAGGCGUCCAGAAGGCAUCCUAACCAGAUGCCGGAGCCACCUCAGCUGACUCCUCUCGACAUGGAGGAGCAGCGAUUGUACUCUGAGCGCCUCCUGAGUGUCCGAGCUCCUUACUCUAUCUCUAAGGCUGAGCCCGGCCACCCUGCGAAGGAAACCCAUUUCGGCCGCUUGUAUCCACGAUCUUGUUCUUUCAGUCAUUACCCAAAGUUCAUGACCAGGAAAGUUUAGAUCCAUUCUAUCAUCCCUUUCUCGUCGUCACUUCUACAAACAUGAAACAAAGUGCUGUGUGGUGUGUUCAUGUGGACCGACAAAGAGGUGGAAAUGCUUUUAAGCGUUCCUCCUCCUUUGCUCCUAACAAAAAUAUAUAUUGUGUAUAUAUCUGUGCUGUCCACUGUCUGACAUAAACAAGGGGGCAUACUAGCAUAUGAAGUUUAUCUAUUAGUUGUCACGGACAAUGACGUUUGGGAAUUUAAAACUCAAGUUAUCUAUGUCAACAUGCAAACGGAAACCAGAGUUUUCUAAAAGCACCAUUUUUAAUGACGUAUUCAUGCAGCUUUGUGUGGAUGACAGGCCAAAUCCUAUAUAAUAUAUAAAAAUAUAUUCAUUUUAGGAGACACCUGGCUUUGUGUGUACAUGGUCUUAGUCGCGCCCUGACAGCACAUCGUGGAGGUGGGGUCUCUGUCUUCAAAUCUGCCAUGUUGUUUGUUUACGGUUGUGUCCUCUGCUCUCUCAUCAAUGCCACCAAUGUCAUGUAACCACAUCACUGUAGUAAAACAAUUCAGCUGAAUGAAUGAAUGAGAAGCCAAUAAACUGUUUGAUUUAUUGCAAUAUCACACUGGAGUUUCAGAUGGUGAGCUCAAUAGCAGCAAAGCCGUGAUUCUCUCCAGUAUUCAUCCUGUAACCUUUCUGACGUUCUCCCGCUCAUGUGGUUUGUAAGUGAUAAAGUGCAGUCAACAGGUGGUUACACAAAUCAUCAUCCUGACAGGGCGAGCAAGAUGCAAACCCAAGGGGUCUUUUUCUCAUUUGCAUAUCCAUCUGUUUACUAUACAUUAUCCUGAUUAUUACCCAUCAACCGACUCGAGACAUAAACAGGCUGACAGAUUUAUCCAUGAGCCAAACAAGCCCGUUCUCUGUCCAGUUGAAACAGUCGCCUGAUUAUUUUAUAUGAUUCCUUUUAAAUGGGACAUUUCCACUGAAUGUUUCAAUGUUGAUGAUUAAAUCAGUUGCAGUGUGAAGUUCAUCAUCAUGUAUGUAACGGCAGAGGGACAUUCAGCCGCUGAGAAGCCCGUCUAAACUGAUGCUGGCGAGGAGCUCUACAUGUAGAGAGUCUAAAAUGGGACUUUAACGGAGGUAUCAGAGUUUUACAGCCAGGACUGUGGAGGUUUUAGCUGCCAAAGACACACUGUACUGGCAUUUGGUGCUUAGUGGGUGGUAAUUUCAGACCCUUUAACACUCCACAGUAUCUGCCAGUUCUGCAAAAGAGCCCACUGUUCAGAUGCCAAUUCAGCAGUUUUCCACCUCUCAUAAGAUGUGAAAUUCAGCAAAAUAUUAGCUGACCGCCUGAGCUGUUCAGAAUCAAUUUACUUACAAAUUACCCCCUGAUGACUGGUGCCAUUUCACCGUUAGAGUCGUCCAAUCGCCUCGCAGUUUCUGUCAUAUUUGAUUAGUUUUAUUCCUCGUGUUGUAUUGACAAAGAGGAGCGUCACGGUCCUAUAGUUUCUGCCAGCUUUAUUCUGAUGCCUCAAAAUGUAGUUUUGAAUGUUGACUGAGUUUUAAUGAAACUGACUGUUUGCUGAAAUGAAAGUUUUAAACACAUGUCUGACCAGUGCAGGGUUUAGAGACCCUUGAAGUUAAACUUGGCAGAUAUUGUCAGCAGGUUGUCGUCUAAUUUUACAUUUUCCGUUUUAUUUUAAUCAUAAAUCAAAGAGGAGUCGCUGCACACUAAAGAAAUAACUGAGAAUUAAUCUGUAAUUUUAAUUUCCAGUCCCGGCGUUUCCCUUCCCUCACACUUUUAUUCUGCUCCUUUAGUUUUACUUUCUGUCUUUAAGCCUUUUCAACAUGAUUUUAACCUCAAGGUAAAGCUGUAUAACACUAAUGAUAACUAUAAUAAGUUGGCAUGAUAAAAAACAACAAUAUGUCAUUGGAUCGACGCCCUCCUUUUCAGUAACAGUCUGCUUUAACAGCAUCAUAACUCAGGAGCAGGAGCAGCUGCGAGGAAUUGUGCACUUGGCCUAAAAACUUAUUGGUGUCAAACUGCCUGCACUCAGCCAUAUUUAUGAAUCACGGUCGGUAAAAGUGGCCUUGAAAAUCUUGAAAUAUGUUUUGUUAACCGUCUGUUCGAAUCUGCCCUCAGGAAAACGGCCCCUCUAUUCAAAAACAAGCAGAUUUAGAGAGAGACGUUUAAAAGAAAGUUCAGUUUAGGCUCAAUUUGACAUCUUUAAGCCUUAGUUAUUUAUCACACACUGCACUUAUAAAAUAUGUCUGCUGUGAUUACUGUCUAUAUUAAACUUAACCAGCUUUACUUUCAUAUCUUCUUCAUCUUACUUCCUUUCCUGCGAGUUCAUGCAAAACUUGAGUUAGCAGAGAAAGUUCAUGACCUGAUAUCUCUCAUGCGGCUUCAGGUCUGGUCGUGCCACAUUACAUAGUGAACCUCCCUGUCAUCUCAGGUAGUUUCUCCUCUGUUCUGUAUUUUAAUCUUUGAUGUUUAAUAUGUUUUUGGUCCCAGCACAGACUGUAACCCUCGAGUCUGGAGGUAAACGCACAACACAAGCUGGCUGAAACAGAAGGAGGAUGACAGUGAGGCUGCUCGAUAAUGUCAAAAAUCAUAAUCAUGAUUAUUUUGAUUAACAUAAAACCUCUUUAUAACUCCAAGUGAGAGCUGGAUGAUAAACUGAAAAUUUACCGAUACACAACAAUAACCGACGACAUUUUACCCAUAUCGGUAUAUAAAGUUGGUUUUGGAUGUAUGUAGGUAGGCUAUGGUCUCAUGUCCCUUUAAGACACUGUCAGAGACAUGACUCGACCCCAUCCAGUCUGUAACAAAGAGGGAAAGACAGGUGAGGAGAUGGAGGACGGUUCAAAAGUUGUAGCGGCUGAAGUAGACGAAGUGAAUGUGGGAGGGGGUGAGCAGUUUGUAGAGUAGUUAUCGUCCAUUUGUUGUUAUGAAUAUAUUGUAAUAUGAUUUGAGGCCAUAUUGCCCGGCUCUACUUCGAAGUUUUAAUACCAUCAUAAAUUAAAGGAUGUAUUCCUCUCACAGGCAGCAGAUCUAACAAAUUAUUCAGCCUUUUAAAGCUUUUCUAAAACCUCCAUCCUAAUGUUCAGACUUUAUCAUGUUUUAAAACAAUGUCUCUCACAUUUUAGCCCUGCAGUCUUUAGCUUGUUAGCUUGUGACGCUACAGCCUCUCUUCUCAGGCUUAUUCUGUCCCUUGGCUUUUCAGACAUUCACACAGAUGAACACACCUGCCUCCUCCUCCUCCUUCCUCUCCUCCUCCUCCUCCUCCUUCUCCUCUCCCUGCUCUCCUCUCUUCUAAAAAAUCCAAACUGAAACCGAUUUAUCGACGGGCUCUACAUGCAAUCAUGUGGAGAAAAUGGGAUGAGCCACACGAGGAAAAUCCUAAAGCAUCUUGAGAAUGAGCGGAUAAACCUGUAGCUGCGUCGUUUUCCCAUCCUCCCAUCAAAAACAGAUACAGGUUUAAUUUGAGCUCCACAGGCUGCAGGACGGAUAACUUUGCAUCGUGUCCUCUGGCGGCAGAGAGUCUGAGUUCAUGGGUAAUAGGUACGGUGACCCUGGACUGGGAUUUUCCUUAUCCUGCAGGCCCUGUCAGUCUGCUGUCAGCCUGUCUCAGUGUGUGAGUGUGUGAGUGUGUGUGUGCAGAGCUGAUGUGGAUGCACACUGUGUUCUGCAGUAGCACUCUGGAAAGCUGUGGAGUCAUGGAUCCUCUGAGUGUUUGUGUGGCGGCUUUACUGCGCUGUACGCUGUGCUGAUGUGUGUUCAAUGUGCGACUCGGGCAGACUUGGAGCGUGUGCCGUCUGCGUGUUCAUCCUCUCUGCCUUGUCCCGGGGUUUUUGGCUUUUAGGGGGAUGCCUUUUUCUGACUGGCGAUUUCAUGACUGGAUAAUGGCAGCUUGUGUCACGGGAUAACAGAAAUCUCUUAAGUGCGUCCUCACUGACUAUCUGCUGCUUUGUCGCCAGCUGAGGAGUUAUAAGAAGAUUUUUUAGAGGUUAAAUCUCAUCUCUGCGCAGAAUAUUGUCGCCACAUUAGCAUAUAAAUGUGCUCCUUGUGAGAUGCAUGUUUAAUACGGCGGAGAUUUAAAAGUAUAAUCAUACACAAAGUGAUGAUGUGGCAGUGAAUGGGACAAACACAAGACAGGGGAGGCGUACUGAUGAGCCUCGCCACCCGCUCUGUGCGUGAACUCUCGUGUGAGAGACAGCAGAUAGUGUACAUAAAGAGAUAAAAUAAGUGUGUGUGUGUGUGUGUGUGUGUGUGUGUGUGUGUGUGUGUGUGUGUGUGUGUGUGACUGUGCGCCUGCCUGGCUGUGUGAAUGACAGAACAAUCAGCGGCGGCCUCAGCGGGAGAAAUAUACACACUAUUACUAACUGCAGUCUCUCCCUCUGCCUGCUCUCCUCCCCCAUCCUUACCUCACCUUUACCUCACCCUUCUUCCUCCCCCCUUUCUCCCUCCUUCCUUCUCUCCCUUCCAGAAACCGAAGCAGAGAGACUGGCACCCCCCUGAUGGCUUCAUCCUGGGCCUGUGGACUCUUAUCCUCCUGGUGUUUUUCCAGACGUACGGCAUCAAGCACCUCAAACACAUCUUCUGAGGACACCGAGAAGCUGAUUGGGAGUUUUUACCAGAGGGAUAUUAGAGGGACGGUGCUUCAUGUGGCGGGUGCGCUAUUUUCCUGGAAGUGGACUGAAGAUGAACGUCACCACAGUCGCUCAGUCGGGAUGCAAUCAGUGCCUUUUUUUUCUUUCUUUUUCGGUGUUUUUUGGACGAUUGUUUUUUUUUUUACCUGUGCAAUGACAGAGUGAUGCCAUUUUCUCCUCACUUCAGCUGAUACCAAGUACCCCACCGAUGCAUUAACACUGGUGCUGGUAUCAGAAUAACUCUGACAAAAGGACAAACGCUUGAAUGGUUAGUGGAGCUCAGACUUUUUAUGGGCUCAGUCAUUUUAAACUGUUAGGAUGUUUCUUUUAUUGACUGUAUUUAAAGAUGGAUGAAGUGUCUCCACCUUCGCCUGUUGUAUCAAAGUGAAGCCAUAACACCCCGGUGACCAGCGUCAACAUCGAACCUGUUUGUAGGCAGAGUCUGUGUGUUAAGGAUCUGAUGGUUAUUCAUUUGCUCGACCCUUUUCACUGGAUACAAGGGCUGUAUUAAAGCAAAAUAAAAUCCAGUCCUAAUGUUAUUUUAAGAGGUACACUGUUACAAAAAUAAAGUCAUAGUUAAGUUAUAAUAUUAGGAAAAUAAAGUUUCGGUCUGUAUUAAAAUCAUUAACAUGGAGCGUCUCUUUAAAUCGUCUUUAAUGUUUUGGCUCCACUUUGUUGUAAGUCUGAGGACCCUGAUAAGACCAUAAAGAGCUUUAUUUUUGUCACAUAAUAUAAUGAUAUUAUUCUUAUAACAUAACGACUAAACUAGAACUUCAGUGUCGUAAGAAACUGAUUUGACUCUGACUUUAUUCUUGUUAGAAAACGGCUUAAAACACAGUUUAAAAAUCUUUUUUUUUUUUUGUUCAAAUGUGGCUCUAAUAUCUGAUGUACCUACAUGUUGCACCUCGAAUUGGCAUAAGUGUGUGAGUUCACAGGUUUGUUUUGUCUCAGCAGUGAUCCAGGAGUCUAAAACUUUAGUGUCAACUGUCUGAAACUGUGAUUGUGCAAAAAGACAUCGAACACACUGAACAAACUGAUAACAACGGCAGAAAUCAUGUUUUAUAAUUUGGCCCAUGUCCCAUCUGUUUACAUGGAGGAGGCGGGCUUCAUGCUUGGGGGUUUUGGCUUCACUUUUGGGAGCUGUCGCAUCAUCCAUCUUUUAAAGGACUUCAUCUGUUAUUUAUUUGUGUCUUGUGCGUCUUAAGUUCUGUUGAGUCAGCCCAUAAUUGCAUUGAUUUGGCUAAAAACGCACCGAACUGCGUCCCCAGAUAAGACUGUAAUUUAUUUCUGGAGACGGCGCUGCUCUGAAUAUUUCAGCAGCAGUUUUUGUUUAAGAGCUCAUCAGAAAACCGUCUGCCCGGUCAGAGGCAGAAAAUGUGGGAACGGAGGAGGGGGUGAGGCUGAUUGGCCGUGAGAGGACGGAGGAGAGAUUACUGUUUAAUGUCUCUCCUGUCCAUAUACAUUACACCCCUUGACCGUCACAUCCCGCUUGUGAAGGAUAACAAUCGCACAUAAUCCCAUCUCGCCGUGAUGGACCCAUCCACUUUUCCAUCCUCUAAAUUGCCCUCCCUGUGGAAACAUCCAUUAGCUCCCCGGCCAUGUACUCGGCUGAUUGUAUUCCGGGUGAUGGACAGCUAUUUCCCGGCCGUUUCCACGACUCUGCUACAGCGGCGAUAAGUGAGUGAUAACCCAGUAAGCUGCCGGUUGUCCCAAAUGAAUCUUCCCCUCGCCUGGACGUGUUUUUCCUCUUUUUUUUUCUCCCCUCUCUCACUCUCCUUGUGUUACCAUCCUGCAUUAGGCUCAUUGUUGACUGAUGUUCAGAGCAUAUGGAUUGAACCUGCGGUAGUUUAUCUUUGCUCCUUGGCACCAGGAAACGCCCACCAGGUGUCCACUACCACCCUCCCUCGCUUCUGAAGUGGAAAAUAAAUGAAGUUGGAAAUUGAACUGUAUGUACGUGAAGGCAGCUGCUGCGUCAGCCACCAAGUACCUUUUCUUUUAAAUUAUUUAUGCAAGGCUUAUUUCUUCCUCCCUGUUUCUAUUUCCUGUAAUCUCAUAUCCCCUUUCAGAGAGAAGGAGCUCAUUUUAUUUCAAUUGUUCAGACCUGAUACCCUGAUUAAAGUCGAAACACUGAAUAAAAGACUUGUAUUUGCCGCCUUAA